GGCCGAGAGCCGGGCGAAGGAAGGGAAGGUGUGCGCUGCCGCCGGGGCUGGUCUCUCCCGCGCUCGAGCAGCCGCCAGCGGGCACCUCCGGCCCCGGGAUCCCGACCGGUCCAGGAGGGAUGCUGAUGUGCCUUUAGGAGCUGCAGCGGAGGAGGCGGCGGCGGCGGCGGCAGCAACCGGCUUGGGGGGGGGGGGGAUGAUGGCCACCCCUGUGGCGGCAGGUUUGCGGAGCAGCGCAGGGAGGGUUGCGGUGGAGCGCCGCGGAGGACUUUCCCCGAAGGGCGGCGGGGGUCGCCGCCUCGGAGAGCUCGCCUUCUCGCCUUGGCUCACGCCAGCGCCGCCCCUCCUCUCGGCUCGCCUCAGGGAAGACAGGUAAACCUGGCCGCUUCGGGAGCCUGGUGGAAAGGGGGGAGGGGUUCAAGUACAAAAGAGGGGAAUCCUUUCAAGUUAAGGGAUCCUAGGUAGGGAGCAAAGAGGGCGGCUCAGAGCCCCGGGAGAGCUACUGGAAGAAGCCUCCAUGGGCAGGGGGAGUGUAUCUUAAGGAUGUCAAGAGGGGAAGAGGACAAUUGCCGAGAUGUCUGCUGGUUAACACUGGAGGCGUCGUGGAUGGAUGUCAUGGAUGCUUCAGUUGAGAUUCCUGCAUUGCAGGGGGGUUGGACUGGAUGACCCUCGGGGUUCCGUCCUGCUCCACAAUUCUAUGAUUCCAUGCUGGGUCAUAGGGAGGGUGGUCGGGCUGUGGGUUAAAGCACAGAGCCUAGGACUUGCCGAUCACAAGGUGGGCAGUUUGAAUCCCCGCGACGGGGUGAGCUCCCGUUGCUCGGUCCCUGCUCCUGCCAACCUAGCAGUUUGAAAGCACGUCAAAGUGCAAGUAGAUAAAUAGGUACCGCUCCGGCGGGAAGGUAAACGGCGUUUCCGUGCACUGCUCUGGUUCGCCAGAAGCCGCUUAGUCAUGCUGGCCACAUGACCCGGAAGCUGUACGCCGGCUCCCUCGGCCAAUAAAGCGAGAUGAGCGCUGCAACCCCAGAGUCGGCCACGACUGGACUUAAUGGUCAGGGUCCCUUUACCUUUACCUUUUAUGCUGGGUUAUUAGAUGAGCAGGUAGAUUCUCAAGAGAAGACUCUCUCUGGCGAGCAGGGGGAAAGUUCAUUCGUUUUAGAGCAGGGGUGGACAACAUGGUGGACAACUUCCAGUUUGGGCUACAGCUCUCCUAAUCUCUGGCUUUUGGCCAUCCUGGCUGGAUCUGCUGGUAGUCAUUCCGGCAUCAUCUGCAAGGCCACAGCCCCCCUCACCUUUUUUUUUAGGGCCUCCCUCAUCCUUAUUCACCCCCCCCCCUGCCCAGCAAGAAUCAGAGCUUGCAAGCCUUCCCUUCUGAACAGGUGAUCUCCCCUUGGGCUUCUGUGGGCCAAAGAAUCUCUGGCAGGGGCCCUGUCUGAACUAGGUGAAACUCAAGGCAAAGAACUUGGGUGCCUUUGAACAAUUGGGGGAAGGUUGACAUCAGCACAGAACUGCUAGAAAUUUUUCGGAGGCCUGUGUAAUUAUAUAUUCAAUUCGAUUUUGGAAGUAAAAUUGGGUUGAAGGUACGGUAUGUGGUAGAAAAUCCCAUCAAACUGUCACUUUGCGUGGAUUUUUAAAAGUUACUAUUUCAGUGGGUUUUGUGAUUGGCAUUCUUUUAUGUUAAUAACAUUUUCCACACUCAAGGGUGGGGCACUCUAUUGCUAAAUCUUACCUGGGGAAUAGAGAGUACUGGGUUCUGUUUACCAUGACAAAAGAGCUUUCUGACAAGGAGCCAAGUGACAAGGAUAAUUUUCUGAAAGUGAAUUGAGGCAUCAUUGUUUCAUGUUCACUUUUGUCAUGCUUAAUGAGACUGGGGCUGCUUCCAGACCACCUGAUUUGUUUGCACUGAACUUCUUGGGGAGAUCAGGUGAUAAUUGCUACCUAUGGAGCAUUCAUUCUGAUAUGUGUGUGGGGAGAUUAGACGAUAUUCCAUCAAGCAGCUUGUGUUAUUCCACUUUACAGGGCUUUUCCCAUAUUGCAAAAUAAGGCAUAAGGCAUUUCCUUAUUGCAAAAAGUCUGACUUGUGUGUUGUGGAGGGAGAAUGGUUGUGCAUGUUGUGUUGGUUCAGGGAGAAAACAGUACUGUACAUACCCCAGGCCUUCAAACAAAACCUUGCUUUAUUAUAACAUAACUAGACGGAGGGAAAAGCUCCACCCAGCAGCUAGAAUGGGGCAAAAACUACAGGAGGCCAGCUGGCCCAAAAAGACCAACCAAACCCAUCAGCAUACACAACAGUAGAUGAGUUUCAAAUUAAUUUUAACUUUGCAACCUGAAUUUAUUGGUAUGUGAUUGGAUCCCCCCCCUGAAAAAGUGGCAGUCUGAAAACACCCAGGUUCUUCCAGUAGCAUUCUCUUUAGACUUGCAUUUUGACUGUUUAAAUUAGAUGGGUUAUACAGACUUAUUUGUAUAUGAAGACAUUUGUUUAUUUGACAUUUGAGAUUUCUCGCAAUCAAGCAGUAUAUAAAUUCUAUGUUUCUUUUAUUUAUUGAGGCUGUAUUGUAGUAAAGUAGUCAGAUGGAUUUAUAAUUGCGUACAUGUAAAAAGGCAGAAUAAAUUAUUCUGUUGAAUUUUCACUGUCUGCUUAUUUAUGAAAUUAAUAAAUGCAGAAACUUUCCUUAUGGGCCAUAAAUCUUCCAGAUGCCUAGCAGGUAAAGAGCAACAGGAAAGUUAAAGAGUAACUUUAAAGCAGAAUCGUCAGUAUUUAUGGUGCUGAUGGUAAUGGGUAAUCAGCACAACUGCGUUUUUAUUGUUCUAAAAGCUUUAAUGGAAAAAGAUCUUAAACAAUGCAUUUGAGAUUACCUGAAAUGUCACUCCUGAUCCCUGCCAGGGACAGUUCAAGACAUUUUGUGAUGGGAAACAUAACAUUUGAAUGGUGCCAAAAUUUGCUGACCAUCAAUGGAAGUCCCUUGUAUUAUUUGCCUCCUGAACUAGCUCUCUUAUACUGGUUCAUACUAGGGCUAGCCCUGGAUUGUGUUCAUAUUAAUUUGAAUUUAAAUGGGAUUUACCCAAAGUAAGUAUGCAAGCCUAAAGUUGCCCUUUUAUGCAGUCAUAUUUUGGAAUGAGCCCCAUUGAACAUGGUGGAUCUCACUUCAAGAGAUCAAGCAGAAUGUUUGUGAUCCUCAUAAGUUAACGAUUAACUAUGGUUGGUUUCACUUGAACUUUUUACAAUAUAAUUCCUUGUAAGGAUUAAGACUGUAACUUCAAGCUUACCCAAACCAGAAGACAUCACUGGAAAUUGUUCUAUGGUGCUUAAGAUUUUUGUCUCACCCUUGAACCUGCAUUGUUUUGACUUUGAAUUGGCUAAGUCAUUAAUGAGAAAUGGUGGCCAACGAUAGCCAAUAUUCUAGCACUGUUCUUGUCACAGAAGCAAUUACUGUUUCCUUUAUAGAAAGUUAUUUCCCAGAAUCUAUGAGAUAUUUUAGCGGAUCAGGUUUUGGGAGUGACUGUGCAAGCUUUGAAAGUGCACAGAACUCUUCAUCGGGCAGAACUGAGCAGCAACUGCCUAGUUAGGUUAUUUGCUUACUUAUUUAAUUUCAUCCCAUUUAUGAAUAACUUCCCAUGAAACAUCUCAAAGUAAUUAAUAAUUUAAAAAUCAUAAAAUCAUCAGCAGUAAAAACAUGUAAAAACAAGUUUGUAUCCAAUCUAGGAUACACUUAAGAUAGACUUAAAAGGAUUGCUGGAAGUGAAAGGGUGUUCAGUAGCCCCUGAAAAGACAAUAGAACUGGUGCUUAUUGAAUUCAUAGAUUCAUAGAACUGUAGAUUUGGAAGGGACCAUGAGGGUCAUCUAGUCCAUCCCCCUGCAGUUCAGGAAUCUUUUGCGCAACAUGGGGCUCAGACUCAUGACCUUGAGAUUCAGAAUCUUGCUACCUUUAAAGUCUGCCUAAUGAAAUCUCUGCCUCUUUCAGCUUUACAUUUUUCCCUUCACAAACAUUUUUCAUUUCUUGUAUUUUUUGCAUUUUAGCUUGGAAUUAGAGAAUUGUUUUGUAUGAACUAUAUAUUAUUAUCUCUCAACGUAGGGGGAAAAAGACAGAACUUGAUGUACUAGAAAUCCCAUCCAUACCAAAUCCCUUCCCAGAGCUUUGCUGCUCUCCGUUUACAUCUGUUUUGUCAGCCAGCCUGUUGCCCAAGGCAAAUCCCAGGAUAAAACAGGUAAGCCUUACUCAAUUCUGACAGUUAAAGUGCGAAAGAAAACGAUGUUUUCCCCCUCAAAUUGUCGAGAAAACUACUCCAGUACAUAAAACUGAACACAUUCAAAAUAUUGAAUGAUUUUGUUUUGCUUUUGCAGUUAUCACAGUAAAUGUUUUCUUGUUUGUUCACUGCCGCAAGCUUCCAGUGUAGUAGUAGUACAGUGGUACCUUGGGUUUAGUACUUAAUUCGUUCCAGAGGUCCGUACUUAACCUGAAACUGUUCUUAACCUGAAGCACCACUUUAGCUAAUGGGGCCUCCUGCUGCCGCCGCGCCGCUGGAGCACGAUUUCUGUUCUCAUCCUGAAGCAAAGUUCUUAACCUGAAGCACUAUUUCUGGGAUAGUGGAGUCUGUAACCUGAAGCGUAUGUAACCUGAAGCGUAUGUAACCCGAGGUACCACUGUAGUAGUAAUAAUAAUAUCUAUUUUGUUUGAAUGGUGAGUUUCACUGAAUUUGAUGUUAGACUCAUUUGCUUCCUUCUGCCUAUACAAAUCUCCCAUGUCGUAGGCCAGGGUUGGGACUCUGUUAUCUCUCCAGAUGCUGUUGGCUCCAGCUCUCAUCAGCACAGCCAAUGGCCAUGGAUGAUGGGAGUUGUAGUCUGUAGCAACAUGUAGAGGCCUGCUGGUUCCCCAUCCCAAAUAUAGACUGUUAGAUUCUGACACCUUCAACACUCUUCUUAAUCAUAUCUUUAUUCAGUAAAGCUUUGUGAUCACCCAGGGAAAUAAGGAGGCGAGAAAUAAGCUUGGGUGAACUGGGCUACUUUUAUUAAUUUAAUGAUAGCAGAUCUGAAGUAGGGAACCAUCAUCUAGGAUACUGAUUAGGUCUGGUUUCCAACAUCAUGGUAUACCUAUAUAUCAUGAUGUCUGAAAUAAGGAUGUAGAGGCAAACAGGGUGAUGUCUUGGCGACUGCCACUACUUAGGGGUAAAAAAAAAAACACGGAUCCAUUUUCACUUACUUUUAACCUAUUGUUACAACUGUUGCAACAGGGGCAGCAGGAAUCAUGAGAGAAGCAAUGACCGGUUUUUCCCACAUCAUGGUUUUGUACAUAGCACACCCAUACGUUGUGAUCUGUGAUACAUUGCCAUGCUGAAUAUUAUGAAACUGUUACCACGAUGUCCUGCCCAGAGGCCAGGGAAUCCAGAUGAUCACAGAGCCAAGGGAGAGCAGGAAGCAGCAAGACAGGGCCAAGAACUACAGGCAUUGUUACCAGCAUCUGACUGCUGCUGGAAGCUCUGCUUCAGAAGACUGAAGCCAGCUGGUUCUCAUCAGCACCUCCUCCACUGUGUCCUUAAUGGCUGAUCAGCUGCAGGUGGAGUCACUCUGCCUUCUCCCCCUUCAGGCUGCUGUUCAGCAGGCGAAGCUGACUCCUGGCUCAUGACAGGGAAGAACUAUUGCCAUAAUUCAGGCAUAGGCAAACUCGCCCCUCCAGAUGUUUUGGGACUACAACUCCCAUCACCCCUAGCUAACAGGACCAGUGGUCAGGGAUGAUGGGAGUUGUAGUCCCAAAACAUCUGGAGGGCUGAGUUUGCCUAUGCCUGCCAUAAUUGUUGCUGUUACGGUAACAAUGUAAGUUAGCCCUCAGUUCUGAUUUUAUUAUAACUAAACAAUUCUUAGGGGAAACUGGUAUUUGAAACCCUAUUGCAACAGCAUGGCUCUUUCUUAUUUGUCAUCCUUUUUGUAAAUUGAUUUACCUUUUCCUCAUAAGGAAGGUAUCAUAGCCCCUCAGUUAUUUUAGUUUCCCCUCUCGGUGCCUUUUCCAACUUUUGGGGACAGGACAAGCAGAACUGUAAAGGAGAUUCCAAAUGUGGCUACAUCAUAGGUUUGUUUAACAAAAAUAUUAUCUGCUAUCUGGUUUACUGUCUCUCCGCUAAUAAUCCUUAGCAUGGAAUUUGCUAUUUUUUGCAGCUGCUGCACAUGGAAUUAGUUCUUUCUUGACUUAGCUACCACAGCCCCUUUCUGAUUGCCUCAAUUUGCAUCCCUUUAUACUUAAUUAAACUGAACCUCAUUUGCUAUUUAAUUGGCCAUUCACCCAUUUUGGAGAGAAGCUUUUGAAUCUCUUUGCAACCCCCUUUUGCUUUUACUGCCCUGAGUUAUUUGGUGUUACCAGCAAACUGCUCGCUCCUUCCAGGUCAAUUAAGAACAAGUUAAAAUGCACGGGUCCCAAUGCAAAACCUUGGAUCUGCUUCCCAAAGUUGGUUCUACUCUUUGCUUCCUGAUCUUAAACCAGCAACUAGCCUACAGAAGACCUGUCCUCUUGUCCCAUGACUGAUAAAGUUAAUUCAAGUUAAUUGUGAAAAAACCAUUGGAAGCCCAGGUAUAUAAUGUUUACAUCCACAUGCUUGCUGACACUGCUGAGAUAGAAUGUGCUUUCAGCUACCCUCUCAUUGACUUGGUAAGUACAGUUUUGUUUACAACAAAAAAGAACAUACCACACAUGCUUUGAAACAGUGGGUUGUGGAAACAGCCAGAGGGGACCCUGUCGCAAGCGGUGCCCUGGAUCAGAUUCGAGCUAGAAGUUCUGUUGAACUCACUGGGAACAGUGAUGACUGUGAGAUCAAAUUCAAUGUAUACAAGUGGAAAGUUGCCUAGAAAGUCCAGCUUGGUUACAUUUGAUUGCGAAAGCAAAAACUUCUCAAAAAAUGAAGGGAUUAGUUAAAAGCAGGUCAAAUGCUUCCAGAGUCCUUGAAGGUGUAAAGUGUGACUUGGUGAGAGUUGGGAGAGUUUUCUUAAAACAAAAUCUCAUACUGUUGGAAGGUAUACAAAAUGUGAAGGCUAGUGUACAGUUGUUGAUGAAGUCUUUUGUGAGGGAUCUCCAUCUAUCUUGCCUUUCUGUGGAUUGUUUCUCAGUCUCUUCACUGAGGCUUACUCUCAGGUAAGGGACGAUUCUUUGCACAUUUAUUUAGACGUAAAUCCCAUGGAAUGAAGUAGAACUUCUUAGUAAGCGUGCCUAGAAUUGCAGUACAUAGGAAUUAGUGAGUCUACAUUAGAGUCUUAAGGGAGGAUUGGCGGGAGGGGGGGAGCGGGGAAGCGGGGAGAACAUUCUCUUGAGCAAGCAGAAAUCCUUUUCCUGAUGGAACAUUCCCGCGUUGGAUAAAACUCUGUGGGCGAAGUCCAAGCUUCUGGCAGGCAGCAGGAAGGCUUAAAAGAGCAGUGAAGCGGCUGCCAUAUUUAAUAGCCUUAGGCCUGGGUAAAGAGAAAUGUUUUUGCUUGGCGCCUAAAGACAUGUAGUGAUGGCACCAGGCAAGCCUCUCUGGGGAGAGCAUUCCACAAUCGGCAUGGAGGACAUAGAGAAGGGUCUCGGAUGACAAGCGCAGGGUCCGGGUCAGUUUUAAUGGGGAGAGGUGAUUCCUAAGGUAUUGUUGUGAGUUGGGGGGGGGAGUUAAGUCUAGAUAUCAUCUUUGGGAUCUUGCCCAUGAUUUUAUAACUCCAGGAUUAUAUUCCCUCAAAGAAAAAGCUGCCAAAAUGCUCAGACCUGUCAGCCAAGUAUGCUGUGUUUGUUAUGUUGAGUCAUAGAAACUUACGGAGAUUUGGGGGACGGGACAUGAUGUCAUAGGAGACUUUAAUAACAAUAGGGCUGGCGGUCAGUGUGGUAUCUGGGAGCUGGAAGAGAUACAGACCCCUGGCUUGCUCUUUGUGCAGAAACCAAAUCUAUGGCUUGGAAAGGGGCCCUGAGGGAACAAGAUCUGUGGGGAGUGUUAAUGCUGUUUAUCACAAAGGCACCGCAGCCAUGACCUUCCUUCCAGGGAGACCCAGCCCAAGGAAUGUGCCGAGACCCUUGGGAACUCUCACCGCUCGGGGAUUGGGGCCUGCACAGCCGUAUUUCAAUAUGCCUCUAUUUUCAGCGGCACGGCGGUUGCUUUGGGACACAAUGAAUUAAAAUAAAUCAGCGGGGGGGGGGGGUGAAUAGAAGGAUGAAUCUUGCUUUGGUCAAAGAUAAGCUAGCUGUGACUUCCCCACAAUAAACAGUUCAAGGCAAAGUGGGCUACCUUGGAACACGAUUGCAAGUGCCAAAACAAAACUCAAGGGUAUUUAAAGCCAGGAACAUUUUCUUCUGCGGAAACAUUUCUCUGCAUGUUUAUCUCACUCUUAGUUGUUCAUAAUUUGUAGAUAAUUUCAUCGCAAUAGACCAAAUAAACCCCAUGGUUUAUUUUAGAAAAACUGUUGACUGAACCUCGGUGCUGACUAAUGCUAGAAUGUAGCCAGAUACUGGGAACUUUGAAAGAACGUAUGGUACAGGACAUUUUUUUUGAUACAGAUUGUUGCUCUCUGCCCUCACCCACCCCAACCCUUCAGUGUGAAGUCUGGAACUCAUGGCAAGUACAGUGGUACCUCAGGUUAAGUACUUAAUUCGUUCCGGAGGUCCGUUCUUAACCUGAAAUUGUUCUUAACCUGAAGCACCACUGUAGCUAAUGGGGCCUCCUGCUGCUGCCGCACCACUGGAGCACGAUUUCUGUUCUCAUCCUGAAGCAAAGUUCUUAACCCGGGGUACUAUUUCUGGGUUAGUGGAGUCUGUAACCUGAAGCGUAUGUAACCUGAAGCGUAUGUAACCUGAGGUACCACUGUAUAAUAUUUGACUUGAGGUAAGAAGAACAGAAGGGAUGCGGGUGGCGCUGUGGGUAAAACCUCAGUGCCUAGGACUUGCCGAUCGUAUGGUCGGCGGUUUGAAUCCCCGCGACGGGGUGAGCUCCCGUCGUUCGGUCCCAGCUCCUGCCCACCUAGCAGUUCGAAAGCACUCUUAAGUGCAAGUAGAUCAAUAGGGACCGCUUUAUAGCGGGAAGGUAAACGGCGUUUCCGUGUGCUGCGCUGGUGCUGGCUCGCCAGCUGCAGCUUCAUCACGUUGGCCACGUGACCCAGAAGUGUCUUCGGAUGGCGCCGGCUCACGGCCUCUAGAGCGAGAUGAGCACGCAACCCCAGAGUCGGACACGACUGGCCCGGGCAGGGGUACCUUUACCUUUACUUAAGAAGAACAGAAUUGUCUCAUGAUUAUCUUAGUCCUGGGUUGACAAUGCUACCCAUGUUUCUUUUGUAUAAUGGCAGGCAAGCCUCAAGAAGGAUUUAAAACAACAACAUGGGGGCAGGGACAUGUAGGAGAGGGUUGCAACUCAACUGUGUUGCAUGAAGUUUCUAAGUUUAAUCUCCAGGUAGGAGUAGCUCUGCUGUACAUCGGGAAGGGCUGUGUGGAGAGAGACUCUUCCUUUAAAUUCCUAGGAGUUUAUCUCAGUGAAGACCUUACCUGGAAAAUCAAUACAACCCAGGUGGUUAAGAAAGCCCAACAGAGACUCCAUCUCCUCAGAGUAUUGCAAAAGAACGAUGUCAAUCAACAUUUGAUGAUCUCCUUCUACUGGUCCACAAUAGAAAGUGUCCUUUCAUACUGCAUCACGGUGUGGUACGCUGGUUUGACAUCAACUGAUAGGAAGUGCCUACAGAGGGUGGUGAAUACAGCACAAGAUAUUAUGGGCUGUCCCGUGAAUCCACUGGAUGACAUUGCGGAAGAACAUUGCCUCAGCAGAGUGAGGAAAAUUCUCAGGGAUGAUUCAUACACUGGCAGGCACUUUCUUGAUCUCCUGUCCUCAGGCAGAAGAUAUAGAAGCAUGAUUAGUCGCACCAACAGGGUAAAGAACAGCUUCUAUCCGUGGGCUGUUAGGCUACUGAAUGAAAAGAUAACAACAGGGCAACUGACUUUCGGGUUUGGUGUGUGUGUGUGUGUCAGUAAACGAGGGGAAUUAAGACUAAGAGAGCUGAGUGGGGGGUGCUCAUGUAAUCUCACUGUAUACAAGUUGUACAAGUGACAAUAAAGUAUAAAAGAGGGGGGGGGAAUCUUGCCUGAAACCCCCGAGAGCUCCUGCCAAUCAGUGUAGACAAUACUAAGCUAGAAGAAUCAAUGGCAUGGAUCUGUAAAAGGCAGGUUCCUAUGUGGGAUUUUGGAUCAGGUCAUCUUUAUGUGGGAACCACUAUGGGAUAGCUAGAAUAGGUGGGUCCUGCAACAAAAUGUUGCAGUGUGGAAUGCUCCCGUUCAGGGUUCCGGCCAUUCAGCCAUGUGAUCUCACUCAGCAUUCUGAGCAUGCUCAGUCCCCCAUUGGGCUGUUCUUGGGUUCUUCCCCCCUUAGGUUUUCAUAAAGUAGGGUGAGCAGGAAUCACAAGUUAGGCCCAUCACAUAGAGCUGCUGUUGUAAGGUCCAAGGGACCUUGCAUGCAUUGGGUUGAUUACAAAGAUUGGCUGGAACUUCUGUGUAGCCUGCCAUUAUGUUUCGUAUUUGCAUGGGAAUUGAUAAAACUAUAAGGGAUGGUGGCUUGCAAAACUUAAAUAGUCAUAGAAGAGCAUUGCUGCCUAAUGUCUCUGCAAAAAACAAUACAACAGAUUUUUCUGAAAUGUUCCAGAUCCUCUGGAGGUUUCUCAUAUUGAUACAUACAUAGUCUCUCAUUUUUCUCUCUCUCUCUUUUAAUUGGAAAGCAAACAUAACAAGAUCCCAGAGUUCAUUGUCCUAGCUAAACGGCUACUUUUCUAGUGAAUAUUUUUAAAAAUAUAAAUGGCCUAUGAACUUCAGAUUUCUAGCAAUUGCUCCUUACGUUAAGGGAGUUUGCCUUUCACACCUGAUUCCCUCUCUUCAUUGUUGCCUGAAUAGGCUGUGACCAUGAAGUGCAUGAAUAUUUUCACAUUCUUAUAAUGGAGAAAGUGCUUUGCUUAAUUGUUCAGUCUUGCAAAUACAUUUGGUGAGCUUGAGCAGUUUAGAUGAUGAGAAAUAAAAAUAGAAAAUGUGCCGAGAACUUAUUGAAGUGUAGGUAUGGUGCUGACAAAAUUACUUGUUGGUUUUUAUUUUUAAAAUGGCGUACCGUGUAAGGAGCAGCAGGGGUGGGUAGCUUUUACCCGGCAGCAAGUUGGUAGCUUUGGGCAGCUGAUUUUGGGCAUGUUGACCCUUAGAGUCCGUUCCAACUCUACAAUUCUAUGAUUCUAUGAAAGGAAGGUGUCAUGUUUCAGGUGCCAGAAUAACUUGGCUGGUCUUGGAUUCUUUACUCCUUGAUCUGAGAGGGUGUUUGUACCUUUUGAUUGGUUGGCAUCCAUCUGUCUCAAGAGGCAGUGGAAUGUGCCUCCAGGGGUCAAGUCAAACUUCUGCGUUAGCAGCACUGAAGUGACCAAGCCUGGGCAGUGUGUAUGGAGGCCUUGGGCUGCCCAGAUGACAAGACCUCCUUCUUGGCCUUGCUGAUGUGGUCCAAAGGAAAGCACUGGCUGGACUUCAGGAGUUGUGGGAAGGAGGCACUCAAGGUACCAACCAACCGCCUCAGGGACUCCACUCUGGAUUUGUGUAGGCUUUGCUCCUGUGCCUUUUCUUCUCCCAAAGAUGUCCCACAAGGCCAUUUAUGUGCCAUUCAUUUACUUACUAAAGGUAUUUAUAAUCUGCCCUUCUCCUAAAUGUCACCGGGUGGAAAUCUUCACAGUUCAAACAAAAAAUUAAACAAUAAGAUUAAACAACUGUGGAGCAAAAUACAGACUUCAGCUACAAAUAUAAUCAGCAGCAGCAAAAAAUUUAAAUGCCCAAUGCCCCUUGCUCAUCCCUGGAGGCCUAGGCAAGGAGUGCAUCUUCUCCUGUCAGUGAAAUGACAUGAAUGUUGUAGUGAGGCACACCACAGAAGGGAGAUUGUUCAAAAGGCAAGGGAGGCACUUCAGAAAGAGCCUGUCCAACAGGUCUCUGCCUCACAUAUUUCAUUAGGCAUGGGGACCACCAGUAGAUCUUAAACUUCACCUGCAGAUCUUAAAACUCAGGCAGGUCACCUUAAAUUUUAACCUGUUAAAUUAGGCCUGAAAGACAAUGGGCAGCCAAUGCAAUUGUUGGCACCAGGCAAAUUUCUUUGGGGAGUGUAUUGCAUAUUUAAGGCACCCACUGUGAUAUUAGCUUUGUGGCGUGAGCUUCUAUAUUGUACCGUUCUCUGCUAUUUCUCCUUGUUAAAACUGGUUUGCUUGUUUUUUUUAAAAAACCUUCAGCAUUACUCCAUCCCUGCUAUACACAAACCUCUGCCAUUAUUUAAAACCACUAUUUUUGUCUCAGUGUUCUUCCAUCCCUGUUUACUUAAACUUCUGCCAUUGUUUUGAGUAUAGCAAGAAGGUAACUGAAAUAAAGACACUGGUUUUUUUUAAAAAUGGUUGUUUUAAACUUCUCCCACUUCCAUUCCUCACCUCUCUUAUGCGAAAAAGAUAAAGGAUACAGAACCCUCAACUAUUCCAUAGUACCUUCCCACAAAGUAUUUCACUCAUGGUACCAUAUGUGUUGUCUUCAACAUGAAGUUCCAGAUUUUAUGUAGUAAUUUAGAAGAGAUUCUUUUAAUUAACAAGCAAAUAGCCAUAUAUGUACAAUAUCCAUCAACUGAACUUGUCACCGAUAUGUUGGUGUCAGUGUGUGGCGAUAGAAAGUCAGCUACCAUCUUUGUUGUUGUUGUUGUUCAGUCGUUUAGUUGUGUCCGACUCUUCGUGACCCCGUGGACCAGAGAAUGCCAGGCACUCCUGUCUUCCACUGCCUCCUGCAGUUUGGUCAAACUCAUGCUGGUAGCUUCGAGAACACUAUCUAACCAUCUCGUCCUCUGUCGUCCUCUUCUCCUUGUGCCCUCCAUCUUUCCCAACAUCAGGGUCUUUUCCAGGGAGUCUUCUCUUCUCAUGAGGUGGCCAAAAUAUUGGAGUCUCAGCUUCAGGAUCUGUCCUUCCAGUGAGCACUCAGGGCUGAUUUCCUUAAGAAUGGAUAGGUUUGAUCUUCUUGCAGUCCAUGGGACUCUGAAGAGUCUCCUCCAGCACCAUAAUUCAAAAACAUCAAUUCUUCGGCGAUCAGCCUUCUUUAUGGUCCAGCUCUCACUUCCAUACAUCACUACUGGAGCUACCAUCUUAGAAAAAGAAAAAGAAAAAAAUCUUGCAAGCCCAAGGUGUAUGGUGAUCCCAUGAGCUACAAAUAGCCUGUUAAGACCCUGUGUUUAUGAGAGCUCAGAGCUGUGAAUAGCUGCAAGCCCGUGAUAAUGAGGAUAUAGAAAUUCUAGCAAACGUUGGAGAGACAUUCCUAAAAACAACAACCCAUGCCUCACUUUUCAUAUUUGCAAGCGCUUAAAGCAGUAUAGCAGGAAAGCCUUGAAAACAAUUUGUUGUCUUAACAAAAUGAUGGGAAACCCGUGACUGUUAAGACAUUAUUGGACUACAAAUUCCAUUAUUUCUGAGCUUAGGUUAUGUUGUCUGGAGCUGAUCUGAGUCCAGCAAUGUCUGAUGGGUCACUGGUUCACCCAGACACUGCAGUUUGACAUAUCUGGGAAUUGUAGCUCCGCUUGGAGAAUAGGGGUCUCCUAAGAACUCUCAACACCCUUAAACUACAGUUCCCAGGAUUCUUUAGGGGAAGCCAGGUCUGUUAACAUGAGCCUGGAUAACUCAGUUGGUCAGAGCGUGGUGCUGAUAAUGCCAAGGUUGCAGGUUUGAUCCCCAUAUGGGACAGCUGCAUUUUCCUGCAUUUCAGGGGGUUGGACUGGAUCAGUGUUUCCUAAGCUUGUGUCUCUAGCUGUUUUUUGGACUACAGUUUCCAUCAUCCCUGACCACUGCUCCUGCUAGCUAAGGAUGAUGGGAGUUGUAGUCCAAAAACAGCUGGAGACACAAGUUUGGGAAACACUGAACUAGAUGAUCCUCGGGGUCCCUUCCAACUCUACGAUUCUAUGGUUCUGUGAUAAUAGUGCUAUAAUUUUAUGGUGGAGGUGGGACCCCAGAUCCACCUGCCCAUCACAAGAGGUCUAGGGCAGCCAUUAGGGAAGCAGCUUCCCGAGAGCAUGGGGCUUGUUGCGUAUUAUAUUAUACAGAGCUGUAUUCAUCUGACAGUUCAGUGAGAUGCUGAGCUCAGUUGGACUGAGCCCACAGAGAGCAUUGGGACUUUCUUCUGACUCAGUUUCGUUAGCAAUGAUAGCUGAAAUGACCCAAUACUAAAGGCAAGGGAAGGGAACUUCAUUCCACGAGCUGCAGCAGAGCAGAGGUUGUAUUGUGGAAAUUUCCAAAACAAAGCAGCCCCAGAUUCUGUGCCUAAGCCUCAAGAUAAUAAAGCAAAUGGGUAUUUAGUCUAAUGCUGAAAGUGAUUAUAUUGUUACUAUGGAUUUGCUGCUGCUUGACUGUAGUGAUAUGAGCCAAGGUUGGAGCUGAGUAUCUCUUUACUUUGGCAACAAACUGAGAAUUGCUGUGCUGUAUUUGGCUUUAUGGCUUCUGAUGUAAAGGUAAUUUGACAAGGAGCAAAUGUUUGACCCUCCAAGCCAGAUUUUUUUUUUAAUGACUUUGGCUGGGUCUGCAAGCAGUUCCACAUCUUUCACAAUCAAAGAUGCUGUUGCAUAUAGAGUAUUUGCUCGAACAUGCAUGCUUUUUGAGGAACAUUGAUUUUCUUCCCUAGUUGCAAUAAACCAGGGAAAGCUUUGAGAGAGCAGCACCUGGGGUACUAUAUUUGACUAUCCUUCUAAAUUUUGGUCCCAUUAGAAGCAGUACAGAACAAUCAUUAAACUGACUGGCUACUCAAUAAAAGUCUGAACAGCCACUUAGGCCUAUUGGCAUAAAACAAUGUCUUCAAGAGACACUUGAAAGUCUGAAGCAAGGAUGCCUGCUGAAUCUUUGCUGGAAGAGCAUUCCACCAGCAUGCAACCAGUGACAAUAAACACCUGACUUCUGGUUGAGGUUAGACAAACCUUUGUGACUUGGGGAGGAAACCAACAGUGGUUGUCUACAUGAUCUUAGUGAUCCAGUUGGGAUUAAGACUCAGAUGGUGCUGAAGGUGUCCUGGACCCAAGUUGUUCAGGCUACUGUAUAUCAACACAAGAGCACUGAACCUGGACAGGUAAUAUAUGAGUAGCCAGUGCAGACAUGUUACAUGCUAUCAGCCAUCUGCAUCGACUGGUUGCCUAGCCGCUGCAUUUUGGACUAGUUGGGGCUUCCAGAAGCAUCAAACUACCACAACAAGUAUGUGGAUUUGCUAGUAUAUUGAUUUCCCGCAGGAUCUUAAAGAGCAACUCCUAAAGUGUAUGUGCUGUGUAUUAACUACAAGUGAAUGACUUCUCAUUAGUCAUUGGUUGAGCUGAUGGGAUGUCACAGAAGCCUGGAGACUAGAGUUGUCAUAGCUCUGGUUUCAGUUUAUUGAUCUGACACAUGGAUGAGGCUGAGCCCAGGAGCUCCAUACGCACUGUACAGGCUUGUGCACUGGGGAGGUCACUUCGGUGCUGCUAAGAUAGCUGUUUGACUCUCCCCCCUGCAGAGGUGAACUCCAUUGUCUCUCGAGACAGAUGGAGCCCAACAACAUGUAAUGCCAUAGAGUAUUCACAAAGGGAAAAACAAACAUUAACCAAAAAGUUCAACACAAGGGGCUUUUGAUAAUAAAGUCAGAAGAAAAAUUAAAUAUCAGGAGUGAAUGAAAUGGAUAAAAUUAUAAAGGGGGUAUCAAAGCACAGCUUGAAUUGUAUAAUGAAGGAAAUGGGAAAAAAAGAAGGUCUUGCCUGUUUAUAGCUACUGCCAAAUAAGAACAUAUUUUAAAGGUGUUUGCCACCCCCUGUGUGACUGCAGUGUCCUAUUUUUUUAAAUAAAUAACCUCCAAAUGGAGGUGAAAUUGGAAGACUCAGCAUCACCCCUAGCUGCUUGAAUAGCACAUGUCAAUUUCUCCUAGAUAGCAAUGAACAUAACUUUCUAGAAUCAGUUACCUAGCAUAUAGCACGAAAGGGACACGGGCGGUACUGUAGUCUAAACCACAGAGCCUAGGGCUUGCCAGUCAGAAGGUCGGCGGUUUGUCCGUUGCUCGGUCCCAGCUCCUGCCAACCUAGCAGUUUGAAAGCACGUCAAAAUGCAAGUAGAUAAAUAGGUACCUCUCCAGUGGGAAGGUAAACGGCAUUCCCGUGCGCUGCUCUGAUUCGCCAGAAGCGGCUUAGUGAUUCUGGCCACAUGACCCGGAAGCUGUACGCCGGCUCCCUCGGCCAAUAAAGCGAGAUGAGUGCCGCAACCCCAGAGUCGUCCACGACUGGACCUAAUGGUCAGGGGUCCCAUGAAGCGUAUUUCUAGCUCUGAGUGAUUACUAGCUGAGCAGCUACCAGAAGACAUGCAAUUCACAUUAUAAGAUCACAAACAUUUUAUAUGCUUAAAAUAAAAAAUUCUCUUGCGGAGAAUGUAAGAGACUGUGCUUGCAGUGGGAAAUAAUGUAGAAAGCUGAGAAGUGCUGAAUCUCCAAAGUUUCCUGUGCAUUUGCCCAGGAGCAAAAAAUUAUUAUGGAGCAAAAAAUGAUUCUAUCACAUUGCACCUUUCCUUGUUGCACAAGGCAAAUCACUAGGGAAUUAUAGUAGGGAAUUAUAUAGGACUAUAGUUCAUUGGUAGAGCCCCUGUUAUCCAUGCUGCUGCUGCUUUGGCGAUCACCUGUAGCUGAGUAAGAUUAUCUUCCAUGGUCUUAGAGGUGUGUCCGUAAGUGACUGUGGAGGCUAAUUCUGGAUCCAGACGAAAUUGAGAGCAAAACCUAAGUCGCAAGAGAUUUUGAGAGAAAUAAAAUUAUAUCAAGUACAAUAUAUGAAAAUGAUCAAUCAGGAGAUAGAAUGGAAAAUUAAACAAAUGAGACAAAAAACAUUUGAGUCGGCUAAUAAAUGUGGGAAAUUGUUGGCUGGGCAAAUGAAAAAAAAGACAAAAAUUAAAUACAGUUACAAAUUUAGAAGUGGAAGGAAGGAAUAUACAGAACCCAGCCGAGAUUAGAAAUUGUUUCCAGAGGUACUUCAAACAACUAUAUACACAAGGACCACAGAAAGAAAUUGAUCUAGAUCGAUUUUUGAAAACAAAUGGAUUACAAAAAAUCUCUCAGGAAAGUAAAUCAAUGUUGAACUAUAAAAUAACUGAACAGGAGAUAGAAGGUGCCAUUCAGAAUAUGCAACUAGGUAAAUCUCCGGGACCGGAUGGACUGACCUCUAAAUAUUACAGAUCCUUAAAAGAAUGGUUGGUACAACCUUUGAAGGAAGUCUGUAACGAAAUAAUGGAUGGGAAAAGGGCACCAGAGUCGUGGAAAGAAGCGUAUAUUACACUUGUACCGAAAACAGAGACUGAAAAGACACAACUUAAGAACUACCGUCCCAUCUCAUUGCUUAAUGUGGAUUAUAAAAUUUUUGCAGACAUUCUGGCUAAAAGACUAAAAAAAGUGUUAGUGGAAGAGAUUCAUAAAGACCAAGCAGGCUUUCUCCCGGGUAGACACUUAUCGGAUAAUGUGAGAAACAUAAUUAACAUCUUAGAAAAAUUACAAGUGAACAUAAAUACUAAAGCAGUUUUGAUAUUUGUGGACGCGGAGAAAGCUUUUGACAAUAUUUCCUGGAGCUUUAUGAAGAAGAACCUACAGGGGAUGGGGGUAGGCCAAGGCUUUGAAAACGGUAUAAGUGCAAUUUAUUCAGAACAAAAGGCUAAACUAAUUGUAAAUAAUGUGGUGACGGAAGAAUUUAAGAUAGAAAAAGGGACACGACAAGGUUGCCCAAUCUCCCCAUUGCUUUUUAUAUCGGUCCUGGAGGUUUUGCUGAAUAUGAUUAGAAGGGACCAGUUGGUUAAAGGUAUACAAGUUGGAGCCAAACAGUACAAAUUGAGAGCAUUUGCAGAUGACUUAGUAUUGACGUUACAGGAGCCAGAAUCUAGUACCAAAAGGGUUUUAGAACUGAUUCAAGAAUUUGGUCAGGUUGCAGGAUUCAAACUGAAUAAGUUAAAAACCAAGGUUUUAGAGAAAAAUUUAACACCGAUUGAGAGAGAGGUUUCAGAAUGAGACAGGCUUAACAGUGGUUAAGAAAGUGAAAUACCUGGGGAUUAACAUGACAGCAAAAAAUGGGAAUUUAUUUAAAGACAACUAUGAAAAAUGCUGGGCCGAAGUGAAAAAGAUUUAGAAAUUUGGUCAAAUUUGAAGCUUUCACUGCUGGGUCGUAUUGCUGCGAUAAAAAUGAAUGUAUUGCCUAGAAUGUUGUUUUUGUUUCAAACAUUGCAAAUUGUGGACAAAAUGGACUGUUUCAAGAAGUGGCAGAGAGAUAUUUCUAGAUUUGUCUGGCAGGGCAAGAAGCCUAGAAUAAAAUUUAAAAUACUAACAGAUGCAAAGGAAAGAGGUGGAUUUGCCCUGCCAGACCUUAAACUUUAUUAUGAAUCAGCAGCUUUUUGCUGGUUGAAAGAAUGGCUGCUUCUGGAAAACGCAGACAUUUUGGACUUAGAAGGUUUUAACAAUGUAUUUGGGUGGCAUGCAUACUUGUGGUAUGAUAAGGUCAAAGCACAUAAAGCAUUUAAAAACCAUAUUGUCAGGAAAGCAUUGUUUAAUGUUUGGAUAAGAUAUAAGGAUCUACUUGAAAAUAAAACUCCAAGAUGGCUGUCACCGAUGGAAGCGAAGGCUCUGAAAAAGCUCAAUAUGGAGGCCAAAUGGCCGAAAUAUUGGGAAAUUUUGGAACAAGAUGGAGAUAGAUUGAAACUGCAGAGUUUUGAGAAAUUAAAAAACAAAGUGCGAGACUGGCUUCAUUAUUAUCAGAUAAUGGAGGCAUAUAAUUUGGAUAAGAAAAUUGGCUUCCAGGUGGAAAAAUCAAAAUUAGAAACAGAACUGUUAGAACCCAAAACUAAGAUUUUGUCAAAGAUGUAUAACUUGCUGUUGAAAUGGAAUACUCAGGAUGAAACGGUGAAAUCUGCUAUGAUUAAAUGGGCUCAAGAUGUUGGACAUAACAUAAUGAUGGCUGACUGGGAACAGUUAUGGACCACAGGUAUGAAGUUUACGGCAUGCAAUGCCUUAAGAGAGAAUAUUAUGAAAAUGAUAUACAGGUGGUACAUGACACCAGUCAAGCUUGCAAAAAUCUAUCAUUUGCCCGACAAUAAAUGUUGGAAAUGUAAAGAAAGUGAAGGUACAUUUUUUCACCUUUGGUGGACGUGCCCAAGGAUUAAGGCUUUCUGGGAGAUGAUCUAUAAUGAAUUGAAAAAGGUAUUUAAAUAUACCUUCUUGAAGAAACCAGAGGCCUUUCUCCUGGGCAUAGUGGGCCAAUUGGUGUUAAAGAAGGAUAGAACUUUCUUUAUGUAUGCCACAACAGCAGCAAGAAUACUUAUUGCAAAGUAUUGGAAGACACAAGAACUACCCACUCUGGAAGAAUGGCAGAUGAAGGUGAUGGACUACAUGGAAUUGGCGGAAAUGACUGGCAGAAUCCGAGACCAGGGAGAAGAGUUGGUGGAAGAAGAUUGGAAGAAAUUUAAAGACUAUCUACAGAAAUAUUGCAAAAUUAAUGAAUGUUAGAAUGAUGUUAGAAUGAAGUUAGGUGGUUUAAGCAGUAAUGCUAUAAAGGUGUAUGUAAAAAUGGAUCGAUAACAGGUGAAAAUUUAAAGUUAUAGUAUAUUAAGUUAAAGGAUUAAGAGAAAAUAAAGAGGGAAAGAAAUUGCUGAAUUAACUAAUUGAAUUGGAAUACAAAAAAGGGAGGUAUGAGGAGGUCAGGGAAACAAGGAUAUGAAUGUAAGGCAUGGAAAGAUUGAUCUAUUUUUUUUAAAGUGUUUUUUAUUCUUUUAUUCUGUAUUUUGUAUUUUUCUUGUAUUUUUAUUUCUGUCUUUUGUUUUUGCUUUUCUUGUUUUUAUGUAACUCUUUUUUCUGAAAUUUUAAUAAAUAUCAUUAAAAAAAAUAAUUCUGGAUCCAGAUGUCCUUCCACAGUGGGGAGAUGCAGGAGGUCCUGAGUUCAAGCCCUGGUGUCUCCAGGUAAUGCUGUGAAAAGAUACUAUCUGAAACCCUGGUUAGUUGGUGCCAGUCAGAGGAGGUAAGACUGAGCUUGAUGCACCAAUGGUCUGACUCAAUAAAAGGGAGCUUCCUGGUGAUAUAGAUUUAGGGUAAACCCUAGAAAUUAAUAAAUGCUAGGAUUUUGGUUAUUUGUGAUAUGAAGGGAGAAUGCAAGCACCAAAGGAAUUCCUGGGCUCACUUAUGCAAAGCAACCUGGCUGAGCUAGAACAGCUGAGGGACAUUAACAAUACAAGAGAACUCCUUUCCCCUUGCCCCAGGUGUGAACAGAGACUGGAGGUUUGGAAGGUUGCCAGGGUAACUGCCUGGGGGGGGGGGCAAGGGUUACUCGGAGGAAGAAGAGUUGAGAUCCAUCUUGGACAGGAAAAGGAGCUGAGAUCCAUCUUGGACAGGCUUGAGGCUGCCUGUGCUGCUGCCAUGAAAUGACCACAUCUGGACUCCCUCCAUGCAGACUGAAGGUGUAAAUAAACCAUAUUUCUUGAAGCCACGACAGUCUCUGACGUGUCUUCACUUCUCCAAAGGAGCACAGACCCUGUGUGAGUGGCUGAGACCCCCAUGGGCUCUUGCCGUCGCUUGGCAGAGAGAGGGGGAGACACCCAAGUUUUGUAACACUGUGUUCCUGUGUUGUGGUUUAAGGACUGCCAGAUCAUGAUCACAGGUUACUGCUUUUGUCUGGUCCUCAUCAAAAUUUAUAAACCUAAUUCUGUGAAUGGCUUACCGAGAUAAAAAAAGGAUAAGCUUCAUAACGUUAGCUAGACAUGCUCCAGCAUGUUUGUGUGCCUGUAUUUAAGAAAUGAGUUAUUGGAUAUAUUGGCAUGGUCUUUCCUCCCUUGUAACUGAUUAAGACUUAAUUCUUUAAAAUUUCUAACUAAUGAGACCUAGAGGUUGGUUUUUUUGGUGUGUUUUUUAACCCUCUUGUCUACUGUCUGUCAUUGGGUACAUUCCAGCUAUUUCAAGAAAACACGACAGCAGUUUUGGCAGGGAUUACUAGUCCUGAGUGCUGAAGGAACUAUGAGCUAUUCAGGGAUGUGCUAUAAAAAUACGGUUGUGUAUUUUCCUGUAGUGUGCAAUAGACGAUCCUCUUUUUAAGCACAGGCCAGAGAAAUAUCCCAUUGUCAAAGCUACUACUUCAAUUUAACUGUCUGCCCUUAUUGGCACAAAAAGAAAUUACCCUGGCUUGGCCAUAAAUGGGAGGUGGGGAAUUUUGGGGCCUAUUUUUGUGACCAGCUCAGUAAGUAAGUUGGCAACUGAGACGCAGGAAGAUAAUUGACUCUCCUGGACCAAAUCUAUUACCAGUUUAGCAGUAUGUAACUCCCUCCCUUUGUUGUUGGAAUAUAUCCUCGUCUGAUAAAAAAGCAGAUCCGGAUUAUGCACAUUGCUUAUAUUUUCAGCUCCAAUCCAUGCCAUUUCUAAGGGUUGCAUAACAGUUUGGAGGUAAGGAGUGUGUGUCUUUCAUUUCAAACUGAAACAAUUAAUCUAUCUGGGAGAGGAGUAAGAUGCAACUCCCCGCUGCAGCGGCGAAGGCACUGUAGGCAGACGAGAUUUCGAGUGAUUUAAAUGCUUGUUCAAUCUGGGUCUUUAAACUUAAAAAGCAGAAGUAUCGCAAUGUGUUUCCAAGGACAGAGGAGGAGUCCUGCCCAUGUAUCGGCCUACCAUUGGCUAGUUCUGUCUGGGAGUCAUCCUUAAUUGGCUUUCCGAAGGAGUGGAUUCACUGAAACAGCAUGCCUUUUAUUGCUUUGCUAGUCGUCUCUAUGCACCGACUUUCAUUAAGGUGUGGAUGACUGGGAGCUGAUCCACAGAGGGGUUUUUUUUGGUCUUCUUAAUUUUGCAAGUGGUCUGGACAAGAGUUUCUAAGCUAAAUUACCUGUGACCGACAGAAAUGAGCUUGUACGGAAGAAGGGCAACCUUGCCUGUGGUUACUCCAAUAGUUCUGCAAAAACGGGUAGGUGACUUCGGAGGCUGAGGGGCAGGGGAGGCAUGUCUCUGUUUUGGAAGCAGAAGUUACCCAUAAGUAGAAUGUAAGUAUUGCAUCCAGUGUGGAAGGCAUGCUGUGCAUAAAUUGCUGCCUUUCCUCUUAAUUUAAAUGUGGGAUCUCCAGCCUUCCUGAGGAUUUAGCAUGUGUGCUCCCUUGCAAAAUUAUGCAGUUCAUCAGUUGCCCUGGGAACUUGGGCAGCAGGUUGGAAAUGACUGAAAUAAAUGGAUAACUAAAAAAACCCCCGAACACAUCUCUGAGUCUUUUUCUUGCUGCCGUUUCUGCUUUGAUAUGUAGAUAAAGCCGCUCCUGUUGUUUUAAGUGUACUGACAUUCUAUAAUAUGGUCACUGUAAAUGAAGUAGUUUAUAAGACCCAACAGAGUAUUAGUUUUUGGUGUGUGUGUUUUUAAGAAGAGGCCUGGCUUGUGGCAAUCCCUUGUCUACGAAGUAGUUAGCAAUCAGUCAGAUGGGUGGCAUAUGAAUAAUAAAAUUAUUAUUAUUAUUGGGCUUUAGUAUUUUGAUUAAGAUUAUGUAAGCAAUGUUAGAUUCUUUCCUCCCCUGUCCGUAAGUGUGGUGAUUUCUGUUCUUGUAGCCACUCCAGUGGAAUAUAUUGCUGCUAUAAUUCAUUUCACAGUGAAAACUGGAGGCAUUUUAGAUACAUAAAAAAUAAUAAAAAGCCCUGUUUUAUGUUUUGGCUGGUUUAUUUCUGCACAACUUGGGGAUCAAGUCGUAUUUUUCCCAAGCUGACCAGAAAUAACCAGCCAAAACAUUCAACAGGGCUUUUAAAUGCUUUAAAGCAGUAUGUGCUGAAUAUCUGCCUGUCAUUAACCUGUUACAAUCCAAGAGUUUAUUUCAGGAGAAAGAAAAGCCCCAGAAGUUCAUAAAUUCUUCAUUCUACCUUUACUGAACUUGAAAUCAUGAAUGUUCACAAAAGCUGAAGAGGGGUGGGGAAUAUCUGUAACGUGGGAAUCAGUUUUCGUUAAUCUCUUAAGUAAAAGUCACACGAAAUAACCCCGCUCCCAAAACAUGAUUCAAGUGCUUGUUAACCGAUUUGAGGACAUGUCCGGAUACUUCACUUCCAAUGCUGUGUUCCGCUGGAACUUCAGAACAUGACUGAUGGUAACAAGGUUGGCCCCAGAGGGUGGUGAGAUGAGGUGAGGCGUUUGCCAGGCCCCGCAAACCAGCAGAAGGCUCUCCACCCGAAUAGGCAUGCCAUUUCUACUUAGUACGGGACGCUGGUGGUGCUGUGGGUUAAACCACAGAGCCUAGGACUUGAUGAUCAGAAGGUCAGCUGUUCGAAUCCCUGCGACGGGGUGAGCUCCCGUUGCUCGGUCCCUGCUCCUGCAAACCUAGCAGUUCAAAAGCACAUCAAAAUGCAAGUAGAUAAAUAGGUACCGCUCUGGCGGGAAGGUAAAUGGCAUUUCCGUGCGCUGCUCUGGUUUGCCAGAAGUGGCUUAGUCAUGCUGGCCACAUGACCCAGAAGCUGUAUGCCAGCUCCCUUGGCCAAUAAAGUGAGAUGAGUGCCGCAACCCCAGAGUCGGUCACAACUGGACCUAAUGGUCAGGGGUCCCUUUACCUUUACGGGAUAUGCAAGAUCAGAUGCAGCCUAAGACAAUUCUCUGUUUCCAUGGCUCACCUCUUAGAAGGCAAGGGAAGCUCACUGGGGAUUGCUGUGCUUGAGGGCCCCCAGAAUCUUGGAGCCAGCACUGACUCGCACCAUUGCACUAUGAUACACAAAUUUAUUAGCGUCCCUGUCUUUUCAAAUAGUGUCUGGCUUGCAGUUGUACUAAUGUGCCAUUGUACAAAUGCAUCAUGUGCCCGACACUUUUCACAACUUAGAGCAGACUUGCCGAACUACAACUCCCAUUAUCCUCUCCGUUAGCCCUGCUAAGCUGGGUCUGGUGGGAGUUGCAGUCCUGCCAUUUCUGGAAGGGGCACAUGUCCCCCAUCCUUGCAAUACUAUUACUGUGUUAUGACUAUUUACUUAAGCCCUCGAGUUUAAUGGGGUUUUACUCCCAAGUAAGUGUGUACUGUGUAGGAUUUCAGUUUUAAUCUCCACAGGUCGUACAACAAUCCUGCAAGUUUGGUCAGUAUAUCUUGUAAGCUGUGCAAAAUGUUGUAGGCGAUAUAGUGCUUUGCCUGAGGCCUCCUAGUAGAAUUGCUAGCUGACCAUAAAAAAUAGUGUAGAUUACUCCUGUGCCUUUAACAUCCCUUUGAUCUACAGAAACCAGCAGGCGAAGCUUCCCAUUGGUGGAUAUCAAUAUUGCUUGCCAGCUGCUGCAAAUUGGAUCACAGUUAAAGGCACAGGGUUUGAUUCAAAAGUUGACAACCCUGUCAUCCAGAGUGCUUAUGGGCAGAGGUGAGGUUUAGAUCAGGGACUUGCUCAUUCUGAACUCUGUUCCAGCCAGUAUCAGCUAUGUUUUAAAACUUUGAAGAUAAAAACUAGAAUGUGUGUCACUGGAAAUUGGAAUAACACACCAUUUUCUGUUUAAAAUUUGCUGCCGAUGUGUGCCAUUUUCCAGGGAGCUGUACUGAAACCAAAGCUACAGUUGGAAAGACCUCAAAGAGAGGCAGAAUCCUGAAAAGAGAAAUGAAUGUGAUGACCACCUUUCCUAGUGAACUUCUGCUAGACCUAAACCACUGUUAAAAUUAGGAAGAUAGUAUUUUAAGCAGUGGAUUUGGACCUCUUAAAAUGUGUGUAUGCUUCUUGGGUGAUGGUGGUAUUUGGUUCUCAUGUUCUGGAUUACGCUUCUGCAAAUAACAUGUAGCAGUUCAUUCUGCUGUAGAGUUGGGGUUUGGUUUACUCCUAACCUCCAUCCUCCCAAGUCUAUAAUACCUCACUCCUUUACUUCAUUACAGUUAGUGGCGGUGGUUUGCUCUGAGUAUUUGUGUGUAUAUGCCCAAACUGAAAGCAAUUUCAGACAGGAUCCUUAGUUAUUUGUCUCAGAUUUCUAUGCUGAGCUCAAGUUACCCUCUUAUACAUUUGCAUGAUACUUUGUAAGAUGGGACAUACCAUGUUGAUUGAUUUGUGAAUGGAGGCCCUUCUGGUUAUACCAUCACCAAGAAAAGCCUUCCAGUUUAGGACUUGGGGAAAGGCCUUCUCCGUAGUGGCACCCCAGUUUUGAAUCACCCUUUCCUCUUAGGUCAAUCUGGUGCCAACACUGGGCCAUCUUUCAUUGCUGUCUUAAUUCAGGCCUUUUGUCUUAGGUGCAUUGGACCAUGGAGUGGUGUGGGGAUAGAAUAACUUAUGUACUAAAUUGCAGUUGUUAAAAAAAAAGAUUUUUUUAAUUAAAAAAAUUGGUUUGAAGUGCUUUUUAUUGUUGUGAGGUCGUUUUAAUGAUGAGGGAUAGGUUAUGGAAAGGAAACUAACUUUGUAACUUUUUAAAUACUUUGUAAACCACUUAGAAGCCUGUUUUGGCAUUAAGCGGGGUGCAAAUAAACAAGAAAGAACACUGCACCCUUUUGCUGAAGUGCACACAUUUUUUAUCCAAAGGUCAGCAGCGUGUGCUUUGAUUCCUUUCCUUUUUCUUUUCUGAUAUCUUUCAGUGACCUUCGUGGAGCUUUAUGAGGUUUCGUGUUUUUUUAAAGGAAAGCUGAGCUAACAGCUAUAUUGUAUGGGAGCAAUUGCACGGAAAAAGGCACAAUCAGUGAAAAUGUUUUAUAUGCCCUUGAACAAGAACAUGGUAAUGAGCCAAUGCCUACCACUUUCCUUGGCUUGAUGAGCUUUCUACCUCUCCCUGUCGUCGUCGUCCCCCCCGCCCCCACUUAGAUUUUUGAUUUCUCUUCCAACCCCUCUGCUCAUUUCUUCCAAAUACUUGAAUAUUCUUCAUAUAGUAACCAAGGAAAUUGGCAAGGCUAGCAGCAUCCAGCGCUCAUAAUCCUCUUUCCUUGGCAGAACUCCCUGCCUUGGAAAGGGGGAGAGGGAACAGAUUUCUUGCUAUUGAGGAAACCGGCGCUCCAUGUCUUUGUCCUAGUCUUCUCUCAAAUAAAUUAGGCUUCCAGAAGGUCAGAAUCUAACCUUCAGACUGUUAACUUGCCUUGGAAGUAUAUUGGGCGGCCUACUGAACAGUUAUUUCUGCCAGCAGUAAAUCUUGACUGAGUGGACAUUUGGAUUCUUUUGUGGAUGCAGAUUGAAGAGAAUUGUAGCCUAGAAACUGCACAUAAGGAAUUGCUUACAGACCUUUGGUAGUAAAGACUUUUUUUUUUUUAACGCAGCACUGAAGCGACUUUGAUGAAUUAUGUGUAAAUGUGGGUUCUGAGUUUUUCUGUAAUAUCCCACAAACUAAACUUGAUACACAGAUGCCUGAGGUCUAGACAGCUUUUUCUUGCUGCAAGUUGUGUCCUGCAUUUAAAUCUCCUCUACCAUUUCGUGUGUGUGUGUGUGUGUGUGUGUGUGUGUGUAUGUUGUUAGAUGCAUGAGUUUUAAAAAUUGCUUUAAAGAUAGGAUGGGAAAUGCUUAGGCUUUGAAGUGUUUUAAAGAGGUACACAUGAUGUGGCGUUCCGCAACAGAGGCAACACUUCUGUGUUUGCAAAUGUUACACCACAUGGUGUCAUAUCAGUGUGCUGAAUCAGAGGGCAAUGGGUGGAAACAUGCAUCAUCAUAUCCCUUUGGAGGGCCCUUGCAGCAAAGGGCAGCGAUCGACAACCAAAGUGUGAGCAGAACAACUUCCCCUCCUCACCCUGCAUGUGCCCUGUGCCAUCCUCAAAUGUGCUCCAAAGAGUUGGCAGGGGAACCCCCAGCACAGAUUUGGGGGACAGAGGGGGAGGAGAAAUCCCCUUCCGCAUCAGAGUUGUUCCGCUUUCACAAAGUGAUGCAUUGAAUACAAUCUCUUGUGUUCUCUUCUCGUACGCACCUUUACGUAAUAACGGGCAUUUUUGCUAAUAUAAAAACUAAUCUCUUUCAAAUCAGAACCAGUGAAGGCGGUGAAGGUCCUGUGUGAGUGCCUGGAGGUGGUUGGAGGAUGGAUGGCAACUAACAGAUUGAGGUUGAAUCCUGACAAGGCAAAAGUACUGUUUUGGGGGGACAGGAGGUGGGCAGGUGUGGGGGACUCCCUGGUUCUGAAUGGGGUAACUGUGCUCCUGAAGGACCAGGUGCACAGCCUGGGAGUCAUUCUGAACUCACAGCUGUCCAUGGAGGCGCAGGUCAAUUCUGUGUCCAGGGCAGCUGUUUACCAGCUCUAUCUGGUAUGCAGGCUGAGACCCUAUCUGCCCGCGGACUGUCUCGCCAGAGUGGUGCAUGCUCCGGUUAUCUCCCGUUUGGACUUCUGCAAUGCGCUGUAUGUGGGGCUACCUUUGAAGGUGACCCAGAAAAUACAACUAAUCCAGAAUGCGGCAGCUAGACUGGUGAUUGGGAGCGGCCGCCGAGACCACAUAACACCGGUCUUGAAAGACCUACACUGGCUCCCAGUACGUUUCUGAGCACAAUUCAAAGUGUUGGUGCUGACCUUUAAAGCCCUAAAUGGCCUCAGACCAGUAUAUCUGAAGGAGCAUCUCCACCCCCAUCAUUCUGCCUGGACACUGAGGUCCAGUGCCAAGGGCCUUCUGGCGGUUCCCUCGUUGCAAGAAGCCAAGUUACAGGGAACCAGGCAGAGGGCCUUCUCGGUAGUGGCACCAGCCCUGUGGAAUAACCUCCCACCAGAUGUCAAAGAGACUACCAGAGUUUUAGACGACAUCUGAAGGCAGCCCUGUUUAGGGAAGCUUUUAAAAUUUGACGGAGUAUUGUAUUUUAAUAUUCUGUUGGAAACUGGCCAGAGUGGCUGGGGAAACCCAGCCAGAUGGGCAGGGUAUAAAUAAGAAAUUAUUAUUAUUUUAGAAAGUUGGUAACAGGUGAAGUAAUGGUUAGACAUUCUUAAAACAAUGCUUUCAGAAUUGAAUACCUCCAAGCUAGAUCAUCUGAGCUUACCUUACAUACUGGGUCAUGUCAUUGGUAUUAUCCUGCCCAAUAUUAUCUGGAGCAGGGCUUGCCAAUGUGGUUUCCAUGUGUGUAGCCCGCAGAGGUCUUCCCCAGUGGCUACAGGGUCCCCUCGCUCAUCCCUUCUCCUGAUGAAAUUAGGUUUGAAAGAAACAUUCCAUUGUAGCCUGUAGAAUAGGGUGCCAUGUUUGGGCAAAUGGGGUCCAUAGCAGUUUCUACAGUUUGCAAAUGUGCCCACUGGCCCCCAGAGGUUGGCAGCCCCUGAUCUAGUCUGACUUGCAGUAGCUCCAGAGGAACUUAAGCAAAGGACUUCCUCAGUACUUCCCAUCAGGGAUAAAUGGCAAAGGGGGUUGCCUCUGGACACACCUGUGGUCCCAACUUUUCCAUGCUACACGUGCUUUAAAUCAUUGACAACCUAUAUUCAGGGCUUUUUUCCAGCCGGAACACACCGGAACUCAGUUCCAGCACAUCUCAGGUGGGUGCUGAUGCCAUUACAAGUGAACAAGGGAGUUGUUCAUGGUGAGUUCUGGCAACUGUUUUUCUAGAAAAAUAGCCCUGCCUAUAUUUAUGUAUCUGUUGGAUCCCCCCCCCCCCAAGUUAUAACUAUAGACGGUUCUUAAACCGGAAGUAAUUGCGUCAAAUAUCGCACACAGAGCAAUUGUUACAGAGGAAGGUUCUCACCAUGCUGCGUGCAUAAAACAAAAUCACCUGCUAAUGAAACCAGCAUUUUCACAUUUUACACGUCUGUAUGUAUCAGCUAAUCUUCUUUUGCCUUUUUAACAGGUAAUCAAAAUAUAUAGUGAGGAUGACUCUAGCAGAGCUUUGGAAGUACCAAGUGAUAUAACAGCCAGAGAUCUGUGCCAGUUGCUCAUACUAAAGAACCAUUAUGUGGAUGAUCACAGCUGGACUAUGUUUGAACAUCUCACUUCCUUAGGUUUAGGUAAGUACUGCUUGCUUCAGAAAGUGUGUCAUUUACAGAUGUUGCUAGGGGGAGCUCCAGUUCUUUUGUGCUGGGCCUCGGAUUGCCUGUUCUUCUUAAUCUGCCCUCUUAAUAUGCUCAGAGACCUAAGUUUGCAUUUAUAGGUCAUGGGCCUCUAGGAGUCUAGAGCCACUGUUUUGUAUGUUUUGCUGGGCGUCACAAACCCACAGAAACACUUGCAACCAAUGCAGUACUAAGUAACUGUCCUACCAGUGCAAGGAUUUACACUUGUGAAAUGGGAGCGCAUGCCCCCAAAUCUUUUAUAGUGGAGUGGGGGUGCAGGGAGAAGGCUGAAAGUCUUGCCAUGCAAGUGCACUGUUAGGGCAGUUCAUAGAACAGUAGAGUUGGAUGGGACCCUGAGGAUCACCUAGUGCAAGCCCCUGCAAUGCAGGAAUAUGCAGCUGUCCCGUACAAGGCUCAAACCUGCAACCUUGACAUUAUCAGCACCACGCUCUAACCAAGCCAUCCAGUUCCUUAGCACUGGGUUGGAUAGAAGCCUAAAUAUCAUUCUAUCCGGUGCUUCUUUUUUAAAGAAAAAUAGGUGUCAGUAUUCACCAUGAAGUUACAGUAAGUGCCACAAUUUUAACCAGUGUUUUUCUUCUAGGAAAAAAAAGGUUCCCGUGCUGUGUACCCUUGAGUACCCCCAGAAAAAAGGCACUGAUUCUAUCCUAUCUGGGGGGGGGGGGAGGCAUUGUCUUUCACAGUUGGAUAAGAAUGCACAACUCAUCCAAAUAUUUCCAGAAGUUUUUUUGGGGGGAGGGGGAUGUAUUUUUUCAAAUAAAAAAAACAACAGACUCCUAAAUCUGUAAACUUGCAUCCUUCAUUGCACAUACAUCAGCCCCACUGCACAGAAAGCCAAAAAUAUUGCUGCAAGGACAUUGUUGGCUGUGCUGCAGUUACAGUAGUGAUAGCCUACUGCAUAUUUCAGUGUGGAUAGUGAAUGCCUUGUCUUCUAAAUUACAUUUUGUUCCACUGAAGGAGACUUGUCGGCAUCCUCUUACAGGGCCAUAAAUUAUCCUGCUGAGAUUUGAUUUAAAGUCCACUAAAGCAAUCGUGGGGAAUUCAGAACUGCGGCUGUUGAACUUCUGAAAGCCCGGAUCAAACCAUGCUAUGCCAGCAGCGUUUGAGCUGUGCGGUUCUGAAGCUGUGUUGAAUUAAGUAAUAAGCGUGAAAGAUGGAACUUUUACAGAUUGUGCUACAUUAGCAAUGCUUGCCUGGGCGUAUUGGAGCCGCAGCUUGUCGUUAGUAUAAUCGCUUAUGAGCGGUAAGAUAAGUACAGAUUUUAGGUGCCCAGUAAGCCUCAGAUCUAAUGCUGGCUUUAAGCGCUUUCACGUAUUGCACAUUCUUUAAAAACGUGAAAGGGGAACCUGCAGUAACAGACAGGAAAAGAGGGAAUAGUAUUCACCCCAGAGGUAGAACGAAAGACCAUGCCCAUCAUUGGAGGUCUGGUGGGGGCAGAGAAGCCUGGCUCAUGGUCCUUUUUGGCUGUGAUGUCAAAUUGGCGAGAGCUCAGUUCUGUGCAUACAGAGGUGGAUUUAGGUACAACCAAGGAGAGCACCUUUUCAAAGUCUGGUAAGCACUUGCCCAGCUCUGUGAAGGGGGCAUGAGGGCUCUGCCAGGGUCCUAGAGUCCUUCCUCUUUCCCAGAGCCAGGCAAGCGCUUACAGGGCUUUGGGAAGGAGUUGGGAGGGCUCUAGCACCCUGGCGGAGACUUGUGCCUCCUUCCUAAAGCCUGCAGGCUUAAGGACACCCCAUAAAAUGUUGGCCUCGCACAGAGGUUCUCCCAUUCAUGGAAUUACAGUGGUACCUUGGUUUACAAACUUGAUCCUUAAACCAAAGCGUUCUUAAACCAAGGCGUGCUUUUCCAUAGCAGUGGGGGACUCCAUUUACAAAUAGAACACAAUCCAAGGCAAAGUUCACAAACCAAAACACCUACUUCCCGGUUUGCAGCGUUCUUAAUUCAAGUUGUUCAUAAAAUAAGCUGUUCUUAAACCAAGGUACCACUGUAUAGAGGGACGCGGGUGGCGCUGUGGGUUAAACCACAGAGCCUAGGACUUGCCGAUCAGAAGGUCGGCGGUUCGAAUCCCUGUGAUGGGGUAAGCUCCCGUUGCUCGGUCCCUGCUCCUGCCAACCUAGCAGUUCGAAAGCACGUCAAAGUGCAAGUAGAUAAAUAGGUACUGCUCCGGCGGGAAGGUAAACGGCGUUUCCAUGUGCUCUGGUUCGCCAGAAGCGGCUUAGUCAUGCUGGCCACAUGACCCGGAAGCUCCCUCGGCCAAUAAAGCAAGAUGAGCACUGGACCUAAUGGUCAGGGGUCCCUUUACCUUUACCUUACCACUGUAUAGAUUUGUAGAGUUGGAAGGGACCCUGAGGGUCAUCCAAGUCAAACCCCCUGCAAUGCAGGAAUCUCAACUAAAGCAUCCAUGACAGAUGGGGCCAGCGGGUGUUGUAGUUCAGCAACAUCUGGAAGGGCACUGUGUUGACUACUCCUGCAUUACAGAAGUGAAAUGUUUCUUUUCAGUAAGAGACGGCAAAAGACGUAUUUGUGUUAUUUACUAGUUCAGGAAUAAAUAAUUCAUGGUAGCUGUGCUCCAAACUCUCUUACGAACAGACCCAGCAGCUGUUCCAGUGGUUCAUGAAUAAAAGGCCCGAACCUAUAAAUCAUCGCAAAUUGAAUAUGGUGCUUCUAUUUACUGCAAUAAUCACAUGUCAGCUUUUGUAAUGAGUGUGUGUGUUAAGUGUUUACACACCAUGUUAAUUAUUAGAACAUCGCUCUUUCUGGGGUUUUGCACUGUGGUGCCAGCUGCUUUUAACACUCUAAUUUGUGCAGCUGUAAUAUGGCCAACACGAGCCUUCUAAAAUCAUUUCCGUUGCUGAUCAUUUUUGGUCUAAAUUAUUCUCCACCCUCCCUUUUUUGUGUGUAUGCUUGUUUGGCAAAACGUUCCCUUGUAAGUUUUCCAGGGCUUUUACUACAUGGUUUCUCUUAACCCGGAGCUCCAAAAUUUCUAAGCAUCGAAACUUGGCUCCUGAAACACAAAUGCAAUUCUGGGCAAUUUUUCAGCAUGCCAGGUAGCUUAUUAUAGUUUGCAUGUUCAAAAUCCAACAUUUCGAGUAUUCAGAUUUGACAGAUGUUUUGAGUAUUCGUAAGUUCUUUAAUCCCCCCCAAUAACUUUUCAAUGUAAUUGUUCACACGCUGUGCUGAAUCAGAGGAUCAGGCUAACUAACCCAGUGUUCCUGCUGCACUGCCUACAUGUUUUCUACCCAUUGAAGAGGAAAUUGUGAAGCGGGCUCAGUUCAGGCUGUGGAUGGUGAAAGAUGCCUAGAUCUCUUCACUGGUGCCAGUGGAAGUGCAUUUGCCAUCGCCAGGAAUGGGGAACCUUGUGUUCCCUUCUCAGCAACCUUCCAAGACCUGCAUGCCAGUGGUGGCCAGGGGCCUGGUUCAAAAGUGAGCAAAACAAUGAAUAUAAAUGCUACCUUUGUGCAGCAGGCUAGAUGCAGCGCUCUCUCUCUCUCCCCCUCUCUCUCUCACCUACACACCUACCCCUCUCUAUCCUCUAUCCAAGCAUGCAAGAGGCCUUAUAUGCCUUUAGGCGCCAGGCGAAAACUUUCAUCCAUAAACAAAUAUCUGAAGGCAGCCCUGUAUAGGGACAUUCUUAAUGUUUGAUGUUUUCUUCCGUUUUUAAUAUUCUAUUAAGAACUGCUUACACUGGCUGCAGCAAUCUAGUCAGAUGGGCGGCAAACUAACAACAACAACAACAGCAACAACAACCAGGCCUUGGGCUGAUUAAGAUCUUAUACCCCUUUUAAAAUGUGUUUGUGGGAGGGGGGUUAUUGGUUUGUUUGGUUUUUGUUGCUGUUGUUUUUAUAAUGUGUUUUUGUGCUUUUCUAUUGCAUUUUUUUAUGCAGUGUACUGCCCUGAGAUCUGCAGGCGAAGGGUGACAUGUGAAUUUAAUGAAGAAAAGUAAAAUAAAAAAAUAAGUAUUAUGAGAGUUCAAGGGCACUUUCCAGCCAGGGGAAAAGCACCCAAUGAGAGUCCCUAGCAGGGUCAAGGAAGGGCUCCAUCCUGGGGAGAGGGGAUUGUGGCCCUGGGGAGAAUUUGAAAGUUUUGGAAUUUUGGCAUUUGGCCCCUGGGUGUGGGGUUCCUCACCCCUGACUUGCACCACCUGUUCGGUCAGUGAAACAUUAUGCUACUUCAGGUUGGUGGUAGAGCAACCCCUGGGAUUUCUGCACCAGGUUAACUUUGUGUUCUGCUGGUGGAAGGCUCUUUUGGUUCUACUUCUCUUCUCCAGUUCCGUGUACGGAAGCUGAUCAGAUGGGCAGUUGAAUCUUAUUUUCACAACAGCCUCUUCCAUUGCAGCUCAGGCAACAGGCUAACUUAGGGGGCUCAGGGGAAGAACCUGCAGAGCUCACAGCUGUGUCCUCCAGGGCCUUCCUGCCACCGCUGCUCCUUGUCGCCCAGAAUCUGCUGCCUGAGGCAGCUUCCUCACUCUGCCUAAUGGCAGGGCUGGCAGUGGAUGGGAGUUUCAGGACUGCUAUAAAUCUAAGCUGUUGAAUUUGCACAGUACAGCAACGUUUCCUUUUUAUGCCGUAACCCGCCUUGCGAUCUUUGGAUAAAGGGUGGCAUAUAAAUAGAUUAAAUAAAGAAAGGAAAGGAGGAAAAUAUUGACAGUGUUUUAAACAACUUCACUGCUGCCUGUGUGAAGGCUUUGCGAGAGAGAGACAGAGAGAGAGAGAGGGAGGUUAAUACUUAGUUUUGCGUAUAUGUGUGGAAUGUAGAUAUGCCCACUAGGUGUCGCUGUUGUUUAUAACUUACAGAUCCUAACUUUUAACAAGGGACACAAGUGCAGAAUUUCAGUAAUUUGUGGUUUCUACUGGCAUUGGUUGUUUUUUAGUUUUUUGAAUUUGUUGAAGGCUGAAAUGGUAAAACUUAUUGCCCUUCAUCCAAAGGUUCACAGCAUAAAAAUGCGGAAGGAAAGAACUAUGUAUGUCAUCUUGCGGUCCUUGGGGGAGGUGGUAUCUAAAUUCAGUGGACUAACCAGUCCACAAGGGAGCAUUCAUUCAAAAUAUCACACCAAAUGAACACAUUUGCAGCCCCCACCUUUCUUGUUUUAUUGUCGCUACAGGUUCUGCCUCCCCACCUCCCAAACCAUAGCUUCUUCCCGAUUGAGGUUCUCCCCAAACAGAUGUGCGGAGAGUGUGGGGCUUAUGUAUUGGGAAGCAAUAUAACUACUCCCUGCCUAAUUACAUUGUUAAUCUUGCCUAAGCCUCGCCCACGGGAAUCCCAAAUGGGGAAAACCCCACUCCAUGAGACCUUGUGCUCUUUAAAAACAAGACUAUAAACAUGCUUGACCAGAGCCAUUGAUGCAAGAAACAAAAAUAUAUGGAUUUAAUUCAUGGCUGACUCUGAUUAGAUACGAGUUGGGUAUAAGAGAGCAGAUGGAGGGAAUAACUACAGACAGCGCUGUGCUGGAAUCUGUCCUCCAGUUUCUCAAAUGUCUUCUUCCCCUUCGAGAGAGGCUUCCAUUUUUCUGCGUUCUCAGAUGGUACUUCAGAAUUUCUUUAGAAUUUCUGUGGGGGUGCAUUUUCAGCUUUCCCAAUUCUUCCAAGGUGGCCAAGAGGGGUAUAUGUGUUUUUUACUUUUGGGCAAAUCUUUCCCCAGCGCUCUGGGGGGGCCUUCCUGGAAGCUUGUGGGCACCAGUCACAAAAUGGCUGCCAUGGGGGCAUGUCAUAACACAAAAUGGCUGCCACAUCUAAAACAGCAGGGAAGGAACCAGGACCACAAAAUGGUGCAGGCAUCCCUUUCCCUCACUUUCCCCUCAGUUGGGUAGGGAUGGAAGACCACCAGCACACUUGCUUACAAAGAGAAGCCCUUUCUACAUUUCCUCUGUUCAGAACAGAAGGGAGAGAAGAUGUCUAGCCCUGGCUUCUAGUGAAAUGUAGGGGGACGUGUUCUGUGUAGGAGACAUCAAGCCAGAUCAGAGAGGAACUGAACAAGAAGAGCACAAGUCUCUUACGCAUUGUGGGGAUGUUUACUGAAACCUCUUGUGGGCCCCACAGAAGGGACUGGUGGGCGCAGAGGAGCCCAUGGAGCCCAUUGCCAAGCAACAGUGCAGGGUAUCCAAAGAGCUAAAAGAAGUAUGGUUUGGCAUCUCUUGGGCUUUGUUCCAGAGGCAGAAUUUGAUGGAACUAGCUUCGGUUGUGAUAAACGCGAUGAAACACUCCAUUAGAAACAUAUGGCGUAGAAUAGGCUUGCACAAAACUUGAGGCUGCACAGUGAAUGCAGCCUGCUAACUAUGCAUUGUGGCCUACAUUUCUCUGUUCUUCUUCCCUGCAGGCAGCAAAGAACGGGAGUUUUCACGAGUCCCUGGUAGACCACCAUAUACAACUGCAUUUAACUUGAUAGGCCAUUAGAUGUAUAGACCUGGCUUGGGGUCUGUACCAUGAAUUCUUUCUGAUGUUCUAGCACUCUUCUUUAUUCUGGCAGUUUUGUUAAUUGAUUGAAAAGCAUUUUGAAGUAUUGGUUGACCAAGAAUGCUGUCGUAAUUUUGUAAAUUUGAUGUAGCUUUUGUUUUUGUAGGAAAUGGAAAAUUGCUCAAACCAUGUUGUAGAUAUCGGCUCUGAUUCCAAGAUGGUGAUGAUGACUGUUCAUUUAAAUAAUCCAUAAUGCAAUCAACUAAAGGCUUAAUAUAUUCUCUUGAAUAUAUUCAACAUUUUUUUAAAAAAAAACAACCCCAAAAACUUUCUGCACCUUCCAAACCUGCAAAUGGUGGCAUUUUCAUAAAUGUCACUUUGACAUCCAUGUAACCACACUUAAAUGUCAGACCAGUUUGAAAGCUUUCUUUAAAGUCUUUAAAGAAGCGUAUUUUGAGACAUAGCUCAGUCUUCAGUGUGGUUUUUCAAUCUCUCUGCUGCCAUGAAAAUUAAAUGUAUCUUUUGCAGCAAAGUGGUCUUCGUUAUGUCAGGUUGAUAUCUACCAGUGUGAAUUUAUUUGAGCAAGUGUAUGACAGGAGAUGCGUGUGUUCUGCAUAGUGACUUGCCUCGUUAACAAGACCAUGGAUUUGGUGCAUAUCAUUUUUAGAUUUUCUCAUUGUGGAAGGUUUGCUUGGUUUACUUAGUGAGGAAGUGGGGGGGGGGUAAAAGUAUUAAAUGAGUAGUAGCUGGAGCCAGACUUGCCAAUGGACUGUGUUCCAUUGCCAGUGUUGAAGAAAAAUUCAGCAGCCUGCCUGGUCAGCAUCUGUAUGUGGAAUAGACCAGGGCUGCCAUCUUGUUUUCUGCCUCAGGCAACAAAAUGGGGCAGCCCUGGUCAUAGUUAGAUGAAUAUAAUACAUAGAGUGUCAGACAUCUUUCACUGAGCCAAACUACACACAUUGUCAUACCCUUGGGGACAUAUUCAUGCCAGCCCAGAUGUAGGACCCAGCCUGUUUGUCCCUGCUUCCACCUUCCUUCCUUCCUUCCUUGUCAUUCAUUUCUUUCUUGCCUUCCAGCCCUUUUCAAAAGUUUCACAACAGCUGCUGUAGUAUCAUUAUAUUGAGUGACUUAUACAAAUUCUUGCAUUUUACCACUGGAGGUGAAUUAAUUUAGGAGAAUUGCUAGGAUUUAUGUUUCUUUUAUUACACAGAGAGAAUAAUUGAAGACCAUGAAAUGAUGAUUGAAAUCCAGUCAAGAUGGGGAAUUGAAGAAGGCAAUAGAUUUUAUUUUAGAAAAAAUUAUGCCAAAUACGAGUUCUUCAAAAACCCUGAGGUAAGUCAUGACUGUAUAUUGAUUUGAUUCAAUUACUAAUCCUUAAUAUUUAGAGUGGCUAGUCAUCAGUUAUGGCACCCAGUUGAAACCAGACUAUUGCCAAGAAAUGUAAUUAACUGUACCAUUGCAUACACACAUACACUCACACCCUGAUAACAUGGAUAUAAUUCUAGGCUCUGAGGGUCAGCUGAAACAAGUUUCUGCCAAAUACCUAACAAGGCAACACAGCAUUAUUAGAAUAAGUGGAAGAAGUGGCAGGGCAUUUGGGCUCUGUUGAGUUCCUUUAUCUUACUUAUUGCUGCCGCUGUUCAGUGUUCUCAAACAGAGUAUAGCAGGCUUGCAAAUAGUUCUGCAAAGCUGUUGCCAUUAGUACUACUCCAUGCCACUGCCUGAAUAUUGGGUGGCCACAUGAAUGUUGCCCCACUCCUUGGCGGGGCCCAUAUUCAGACAUCUCCCCACUUACAUGGGGGCUGCAUUCCCAGGUACUGCACAUGUACAUGAAAUCGUGUAUUGUGGGGAACACACUCUUAAGAAGCCUGUAAACAACCGUUAAACCUCUGGAAACCCUUGAAAGUGUUGCAAAGGUUCCUGGGAUUGCUAGCUGUUUCCCCACUCUUUUUGUGCCAUUUUUGCAGUUUCCCCACUCUUUUCAGUCCGUUUCGCGCCUUUUUUCCAGUUUAAAUUGAUUUGUUAAAUUAUUUCCUGGUGCCACGCAUAAAAGUGGUUGCAAGCAUAAGUGGAGAGACACCUGUACAUUCUACCUGAACGUGGCAGCUUUAGAUAUCUCUUUGAGAAGAAAACCUGAUUACAUAUGGCUCAAGAAAUCCACACAAGUACUAAUCCUCUUAAUGUUCUGAAUGCCGUGGAAGACCCUCUGUUUAUUAUCAGGAGUAAAGCAUUAAGAACACCGGGUGUUGCCUUAGUCAGAUUAUUUCUCUAGCUAUCACUAUUAUUAUCAUUCAUUUCAUUUCUAUAGCACUUUAUAGAUUUAAAAUCUCAGAGCAGUUUAGAACACAUUAAAACAUCAAAUAAAACAAUCCAGAUAAAAACGUCACUGAAGAAACUCAACUGUAAAGUGUAGGCCAGUUUUGUCUACUCUGGUUGUAACCACUGGUUCAGAGCCCAGGCAACUCUCUCUAUUUGAUCCUUUUAACUGGACCUGCCAGGAAUGGAACCUGGGUCUUUCUGCAUUCAAAGCAUGUGAUCUACCACUGAGCUUUGGUUCUUCAGGGUAUAAGCAGAUGCUGUAAGGCCUUGUUUUCAGGCAAGGGCAACUACUGAUGUUCUUAUUUUGCAAGAGGGCUCAUAAACAGGGUAUAAAGGAAAUGAAACCUAGGCCUUCUAACUAAAUGUGGUGUGCAUCUGUGAAUGUUUCCUGAACCCUUCUAGUACUUUUGUUUUUUCUUUAACAGACUUUCUUCCCUGCACACCUGAUAUCCCUCUCAAAUGAGAUCAAUGGAGCCAUGAGCCACACGCAAAUACUGCAGGUGAGAUGUUGAUGUUUUAAAAACGGGACCGCUCAGCUGAGUGUGUCUGAAAAUCUCAAGCAUUGCCUUUGUUUGACAGAACAAUAGGGCUGGCAUGGCCCAGCACUGUUAUGAACGACAUGGUCCCUAUUCCCCAAAUUUAAGUGCUUUAUAAAACAAACCUCCUUCUUCACCCUCACAUUCUGCUCUACGGGGAAUUCUAGUUUAAGGCUAGCCAGUGAUGGCUGGUGCUCAUUAGAAAUGUUAAGACAGAAAUCUGGGUGACCAUCAGUGAAUGGUAUCUUAGUCCAUGACAGGAAGAGCCAACUAAUUCUAAUUUUCUCCUCAUCCUCUUUCCGCUACAAGGGGCAACACUGAAACUAAGGAGGGAGCUGACAGGUAGAACCAGUGGCAUUGUGUGGAGGCACAAGGGCGGUUAGGGCGUGCAAGAUUUCAACACCCAGUGCUGCCGCAGUAGAGUUGCAUGCUUGCAUCGCUGGGCUCUGUUGAAAAUGGCUUCUCCAUGUGAACCAGGAAGUGACCUCUCCAGACAACGGAACGACUCUUUCCUUAUCUCUGUGGCUGCGAUCUCUUCUUGGAUGACACGGACGCCAUUAGGCAGUUGAACGUGCAUGUGUACUCCAUCCAUUUCCCUCCCACUCCGCUCUGCGCAGCCCUUGGCACUGGUAACCCACACUACGCCACUGGGUAGUACUGGUCUAAGUAAGGAGGCAGGCAGGUUGGUGGGGCAAUACCCCAUUCAGUCUUAAUGGACCAGCCUCCAAUGAAUAGUUUUCACAUUAUUUCACCACUAGAAGUCAUUUGAAUAAGAUAGCUUAUUCCAUGUGCCUGGCAAUCUGGUUGUUCUCACAGGUGGGCUCCCAGAUAGGAGUUGUGAAACAGGUUAUGAGAUGCAUACAGACUUGGUUUCUUAGAAAAUAUUUUUUUAAAAAAGUUAUUACUUCUGUUAGCAUCAGUUAUUUACAUGCUAAAGAACGGGGGCGGGAGGCCCUGGAAAAAGAUGUACAGUGGUCCCUUGAUUUACAAACUUAAUCCAUUCCGGGAGUCCAUUUGACUUCCGAAACCGUUCAAAAACCAAGGUACAGCUUCCGAUUGGCUGCAGGAACUUCCUGCACUCAAGUGGAAGCCACGUUGGAAGUUCGGCUUUCUGAAAAACGUCCACAAACCGGAACACUCACUUCAGGGUUUGUGGCGUUCGGGAGCCGAUUUGUUCGGCUAAGCCAUUUGGGAACCAAGGUAUCACUGUGCUUUUUGCUGUGAAGAUCGGGUCUGUGUUUUUCCACAAAGGGGAUAUCAAAGGUAAGGUUGGCAAAUGGUAGAGCUCAGUAAAACAAGUAAAAUAAGAACAAUAGCAAAAGCCCUGCUCUGCUGGAUCAGAACAGAGGCCCAGCUAGUCCAGCAUUCUAUUUUCACAGUGGCCAACAAGAAGCCUCUAAGAAGUCCACAAGCAGGACCUGAACAAACUUUCCCCAGUUGUGACUCCCAGCUACUGGAAUGCAAUGGCAUGAGCUUCACCGUCAAGGCUAGUGGCUAUAUAACAGCAGGCUUAGGGACGCGGGUGGUGCUGUGGGUUAAACCACAGAGCCUAGGACUUGCCAAUCAGAAGGUUGGCGGUUCGAAUCCCCGCAAUGGGGUGAGCUCCCGUUGCUCAGUCCCAGCUCCUGCCCACCUAGCAGUUCGAAAGCAUGUCAAAGUGCAAGUAGAUAAAUAGGUACCACUCCGGCGGGAAGGUAAACGGUGUUUCCGUGCGCUGCUUUGGUUCGCCAGAAGCAGCUUAGUCAUGCUGGCCACAUGACCCGGAAGCUGUAUGCUGGCUCCCUCAGCCAGUAAAGCGAGAUGAGCGCCGCAACCCCAGAGUCGUUUGCAACUGGACCUAAUGGUCAGGGGUCCCUUUACCUUUACCUUUUUACCAUAUCCUUAGUAACAUUAGCAGCGUGCAAAGUGUUUUCAGAGUGUAUGGAAGCUCUGAGGUCCUUUCACGAAAAGCUUAGCAAUAUAGGAAACCAAAUAACGUGUUCCGUUUCAGUCAGAUUAGCAGCUGAAUUCCCACAGGCUUCUGAGAACUCAUACUCCUCACCUGUCAGCGCAGUCCGAAGAUCUUUCAGAGCUCCCAAAUAUGCACAGGAAGGAGUAGCUGGAUAAAGGUCUGUUCCUGUGGGAUUCAAAGUGGUAUUUUUUCCCCUUUCAGAUGUUUUUAAGUUCCAGUACAUAUCCUGAAAUUCACAGUUAUUUACAUGCUAAAGAGCAAGGGAAAAAAACCUGGAAAAGGAUGUACUUUUUGCUGCGAAGAUCGGGUCUGUAUUUUUCCACUAAGGGGACGUCAAAGGUAAGGUUGGCAAAUGGUAGAGCUCAGUAUGCAUCAUAUUCUCUCCACAGUAAGGGAUAGUUUUGUCUUCCUUAAGUCCUCUUGAAAAAGCCAAGCUCCCCCUCCCUCAAGUUUUGCUGAUGAUGCUGAAAAGUGAAGAAGACAUUUAUGGUGCAGGCAGGCAUGGAACGGGCUAGGGGUUUUUGUUUGGUAAUAUUCGAAUAAAUGAAAGUGGUUUUUAUAACUUGCAGAGUUAACUUGCAAAGUGAAUUUUUAGCAUGUCUUAUUUAAAUAGGUAGCUAAACAACUGUAGGGCACUUAGUCGGCAAAGGAUAGUAUAGGCAUUACACUGGUUUUGGCUGUAAGUUUGCUCUGAGUUGCCUUUGGCAAAAGAAAGUGACUAAUAAAUUCACAAGGGAUAAUAAUAUAUGGGUGUUGAUCGAAUUUUUUCCACUUCAGAAAAGUAAGUUGUUGCACCUUACAUUGAAACACCUUUCUUUUAUCAUUUAGAUGCUGACUUGGGGAAUUAUAUACUUUAAAGAACGGUCUCCCCCCCCCCUUUUGGUGUAAAUAAUUUAAGAUGUCCGUAAUAGUUUUAUAUUGCUCUUCCUUUUAGGAGCCAAGGCACCUGCAGCUUUUCAGUGAAUUCAGCAGUAGUGACAUAUAUGUGUCUUUGACAGGCAAAAAGAUAUCUGGAGUGCCAGUCAGCUAUGGGUUCUGCUUUAAGGUAAAUGCCUAACCGUUUUGAUAAUAAAGAAAACAUAUUUUUUGUGGGGAGGGGGAGGAUUUUAGUUCUGUUAAAAAUUGGCAUCAGGAAAAAUAAUAUUGAAAUUAAAUUAUUUUUUAAAUGAUAUUUUGAUUAUGAAAUGGGAGAAUUAGUGGCCUUUAUUUCAACAGGUAUUGCCUUCAAGAUAUGAAUUAAUGCUAAAACAAUAUGCUGUGGCCUUCUAGCCUCAGAAAGCAGGAGGAGCCAGAGACCUGAAACAACUUUAUGCAGAAAGUGAACAAAAUAGGACCUGCUGGGUGACAGCAAUUCGGUUGCUUAAGGUAAAUGUCUUCUUCUCCUAUUAAUUGCCUUCGCCAGUUAUUUCUGUAUACAAAAUGCCUCGUUCUUCUUUUACAGCCUCUGGGUAAAAAUGGUAUUUUCAAUCUCCUUGAGCUCUGUGUUUUCUGUUUUUACAUACAUACUUGUAUACCCCACACUUGCCAUCAUAAAUUUUUUGUUUCCAGGGCAGCUGACAGUGUAGUAAGAAACAAUAAAAAUAGAAAAUGAUCAAGCCUAUAAACUAAGACAGCAGACUAAACAGCGACAACCCGUGCGACUAGACAGUAAAAUAAAAACUUCUCUAAGUUAAAAAGGGUAACCUUAGCGGUUCUUAUACCUUAUUAGCUGGAAAAAAAUGUUAUUCCACCCCCUUUUGUGGUUGUGUAUGACUCUUAGUUACCCUUUAAUGAUUAAAGCAUACAGACACGACAAAUAAAAAGUUUAGUAAUGGUUAUUAUUAAUAAAGGGUCUUGAAAGUAAGACCUUCUAACUUCAGUGGGGCUUGCUCCCUAGGAAAUAAUUUUAGGAUUGCAGCCACGCAGGCUUACUUGCCAAUACAGGUGAAUUUUACAGUACGAUUAAGAGGGAAGUUUAGAAAUUAUAUCACAUGCCAUGCUAAACAGUCCCCCAAUCCCCAGGGGAAAUUUCCAUGGGUUGCAGAGGAAAUGGUGAAUGGGGCAGAUCCGGGGCCAUGAACUCUAUUUUUUUCCUGGAAGGCGGGGAAAGGAUCCAAACCUAUAUGGCUGGCUACUCUGUUGGAGGAAAAUGCUGGCGUAGGUAGACAGCUUGGUCUAAUCCAGCUUUUCUGUUCUUAAAUAUUUUUUAAAACUCCCUGCAAAGGAGUGUCAACAUCCUUAUCUUGGAAACAGAAAAGUAGCUACCUACUAACUACUUCAAAGGGUUUUUUUUUAAGGGGGUGGGCAGAUUAUGGGGAGAGGCAACGUGAGAUGGAAAUUACCCACUUUGUGUGGACACAAUUCACCACUGAAUACUUUCUGAUUGUUGAUCUUGAAAUCCGCAAGACUGUAAUAGCUCUUAUCCUUCUUCUUUGUUUGUAGUAUGGGAUGCAACUUUACCAGAAUUACAUGCACCCCUAUCAAGGUAGAAGUGGGUGCAUUUCUCUGAGCACACCUGUGGUAAGUACUUCUCAGCUCAUAUGAAGCAAUACUGAUCCACAAAACCUGGCCUGCUGCCUUUUCCCAGCCCCCACCCUGCCCCAGUCACCCACUGGGUUUUCCAUAGUAUUGCAAGAGUAUUACAUUAUGCUGUAAUUUGUUCUCAGGGCAUCCCAUUACCUACAAAGAUUUAUUUAGUUCAUACUAUUUUAAUUCAGUGUUUCUGUCAAAGAUGUUAAAACUAACCGUAGCUCCCUGCUCCCCUUACAUGAACCAUGCACAGGAUCAUACGGAUCAGUGAGAUACUUUUGUCUAUUUUGAUAUGUGCCUGUAUCCUAGCAGCUGCUGGAAAAAAGUAUUUGGGUUGCUUCUAUAUAGAGUGCAAUGCAAGCGCUACAAAAGGGGGGGAGGACAGUUCCUAUAUCUCUGAGCUAGACAAGCUUUGGGGGGGGGGGCAAGGCCCACAUGUAGUGGUGGGUAAAGGGAGGUACAGUCACACACACACACACACAAAACCUCACACACACAUAUAAACACGCACACACAAACUUUCCCCCCUCUUGUGCACACAUACAGUGUUUAUCCUGCCUCACAGUGCUCCUGAUGCCACCAAGAUAGUUGUCAUUGAUUUUGGCUAUACAGUGGUACCUCAGGUUACAGAUGCUUCAGGUUACAGACGCAUCAGGUUACAGACUCCGCUAACCCAGAAAUAAUACCUCAGGUUAAGAAUUUUGCUACAGGAUGAGAACAGAAAUUGCGCAGCGGCGGCGGCAGUGGGAGGCCCCAUUAGUUAUAGUGGUCCUUCAGGUUAAGAACAGUUUCAGGUUAAGAACGGACUUCCAGAACGAAUUAAGUUCUUAACCUGAGGUACCACUGUAUGGGGAGCACUGCGGCCGUCGGGAGAGAUGUUUACUCUCCCUGUGCCGAAAUCAGUGGUGUUACCUGGCUGAUUAUACGCCACCUGAAGUGAUGGCACCUAGUGACCGAGGGCUACAUCUAGCUCAUGUGUUGCCCACCUGUGCCCUCUGUGUGUCAUCUCUCUAUUCACUUAGUUACAUGGCUCAGAAUAAGCUCUUAGAAUCCAUCACGUUCCAGUAAGAGAUAGGGCAAGACCACUUAGCUGCCGGACGUAGAUAAUUCUUUUUACCACUUUUGCCAUCAUCCUAAUACCAUUUAAAUAGGUGGUCCUCCUCAGAUAGGCGUUUAUUUCCUCUUUUGCUUCCCACUGUUGCAGCGGCUGUCAGAAAGUUAUCUCGUCCAUUUUUAUAUUAACUACCGUAAAAUCUUCCCCAUAGAUGUACGAGUAGAAUUGUUAUGGUGUCGAAUAAGCAGAGGGCAGAGUGUAAACCCUCUUAUAUAUAUGAAAUAUCUUUUUUUCUGAUCUUGAUAACUGGAUAAUCCCUCAGGACAUAUUUAUUGCAAUAUAUAUACAGAACACUUUUGCCUUAUUCUUAAUAUAGUUUCCAACUGGCUAAUCAAUAGAUGCAAAGAUUAUUAUUGCUCUGAGAGUGGUUCAGGGAGAAGCCAAAUGCUGUUUCUAAAACAGAACACUGAGGAGAUAUUGUGAAAUGUUUUGGUCAGUAAUGUUUUUAAAUGGAUUUUUCCCCCCUUUUCCUUUUUGCAGAGAAGUGUUUCAGAGAACUCUCUAGUGGCCAUGGACUUCACAGGACAUAAAUCCAGAGUGAUUGAAAACCCCACAGAAGCCCUUUCAGUUGCUGUGGAAGAAGGAUUAGCAUGGCGGGUAGAAAAAAAAGUUCAUUACAAUGUUUUUUUCUGUUGGUUUUUUUUCUUUCUUUCUUCUGAAAAAUUUACGAUUUUCUUUCUUCCCACAUAGAAAAAAGGGUGUCUGCGACUUGGUGCUCACAGUAGUCCCAAUACUCUGCAGAAUGUGUCAUCGAAUAUAGGUAUGUACCAUUCCAGAAGGUCUCAUGGAAUGCAACACUAUCGUCAUACACAAAAAUGAUCCUAAUAAGAAUUUUCCCUCCCCUUUUUUCCUGACGCUUCAGCCAUACACAGUUCACAGCCGUGGUUUCACCAUAAGAUCUCUAGAGAUGAGGCACACCAACUAAUUUUGCGACAAGGACUGGUAGAUGGGUAAGAGUUCCAACCAUUAUUAUUAUUAUUAUUAUUAUUAUUAUUAUUAUUAUUAUUUUAAAAUUGGACGAACUGUUAACUGCUUGAGCAGUCAAAUUGUCCCCAUGAGUCGCAAUGAUAAAACAAAAUCAGACAUAACAGGCAUAUGAUACGCUAGUGGCUGCCUUGAAAGCAUGUGCAGGUAGUUCUAAAUUUGGUUAGAGAGUUUGUGGCACCAGCUUGGAUGUUGCUACCUUUCUGGAUACAGUCAUACCUUGGAAGUUGAAUGGAAUCCAUUCCGGAAGUCUGUUUGACUUCCAAAAUGUUUGGAAACCAAAGUGUGGCUUCCAAUUGGCUGCAGGAAGCUCCUGCAGCCAAUCGGACGCCAUUCCGGACGUUCAGCUUCCGAAAAUUGUUUGAAAACCGGAACACUCACAUCCGGGUUUUGAUUGCUCAGGAGCCGAUUUGUUCAGGAGCCAAGGCGUUUGAGAUCCAAGGUAUGAUUGUAUUUUGUGGUUUCCUAAAUUUAGUGUACUUAAUCAGGACACUAUACUUCUGUUGAUGCAGCCUAGAAUAGCAACCCACCCUAACAGAACCACUGAGGCUCUCUUGACAUGUUUGGCCCUGCCUCUGCAUUCCCAUUAUCUUGCUCGGCAAACGGUGGAAUUGGGACCACAAAGUUGCUGAGAUAACACAUCAGUCUUGGAUAACUGGUGAAUGUUUGGUUUGGGUUUCAUUCUUUGGCCACUAGAUGGUGUGCUGAAAUACAGUGAUCUUAAGAGAGGUUGAGAAUGCAUUUAUUUAUUGCUGUCACAGUUUUGCCACUUAAGUACCGUAUUUUUCGCUCUAUAAGACACACCAGACCACAAGACGAAUCUCAGAAGCCAGAACAGCAAGAGCAAUCACUGCGCAGUGAAGGCAGCAAUCCCUCUUGCUGUUCUGUCUUCUGGGAUAGCUGUGCAGCCUGCAUUCGCUUCAUAAGACGCUCACACAUUUCCCCUUACUUUUUAGGAGGGAAAAAGUGAGUCUUAUAGAGCAAAAAAUACGGUAGAUAAAAUAAUGUCUCUUUGCCAUGAACAAGUACUUAUUUCUGCGUCUAAACUUUGAUGCUUGUUAGGAAAGCUACAAAACUUUAACAGUAACUCACUGCUACCAGAUUUUCAUACUUGUUUGAUACUUGUUUCUAUUCCUUCACCUGCUAGUGUUUUCUUGGUACGGGACAGCCAGAGUAACCCCAAAACCUUUGUGCUGUCACUGAGCCAUGGAUUGAAAAUAAAGCACUUUCAAAUUGUACCCGUAAGUAAAGCCAGCAAGUUUGUGGACCGGUAGUAAAUUUUUCCUUCAAUGGUUUUUAUACUACUGCCAAAACGGUGGCAUGCCUCUUGGUAAUUCAUUCUGUUUCUAAUGGCUAAAACCUGCUAGUUACAGUUUUCUGUGGAAUAGGGAUGGUUUGAGAAUUAAAAGCUCUCACACAUGAAAAUGGAAUUCUAAUGGAACUCCUCACGAUAGUCUCUGCAUUUCCUUAAAUCCAAAUGCAAGUGUGCGUAUGUAUGUACACAAACACACAUUAUUUUGAGUGUUAUCUAGUUUUAAAUUACGGUGUUUUGCACAUUUUAAUUAAUUCAUUAAUGCAGUAUUGUGAGUUUCCUUGUAAGAUUUGUUUCCCUCUAAAAGGUAGGAAAGAAAUCUAUUAAAUAAUAUGUGUGUGUGUGUGUGUGUGUGUGAGAGAGAGAGAGAGAGAGAGAAUAUGAAUGUAUUGUAUACAUGCUCUCUUUCAGAUUAUAGGCCUGUUGUUCUAGUUUUAUUUUUCUCCCCAUAUGUUUUGAGUGUCCUAGGACUUGGUAGAAUCUGUUGAGAGUCAAAAGGCAAGCACAAAUUCCUUAUAUUUUAUCAGAAAACGGGACAGGGUUCGUAAGCAAAAGAGGAAUGUUUUAAAAACACAUUGAGUCAGAAUGAACACUCAAAAAAGACAGGUCUUUACCACUAUAUUAACACAGCAAUGCUAUAAUGCCUGCUUGGAAGUAAGUCCCAUUGAAGGCAAUGGAGCUUAAUUCUAGGUUAAGUAGGUAUAGUUAAGCAGCCGAGUUCUGCACCAUGAAAGGCUAGAAUGGGCGACUGGAAAACAUUUGUCAAGCUAAGGACACCCAUGUGCUUCAUUUGAUGCUCCUGUUGGACAUGGGGAUGGGCGAAAUGGAGCUAUCCAAGGAACGGAGGCCCAAUUUUGCCUCCGGAUGCUGGAAGUCUGCCCUGUGGCUUUCGAGACUUUGCUCAUCCCUCCUAAUAUAUUUUCAGCAAUAUCAAAUCUCUGGAUAAGCUUCCCGCAUUGUGCCAUUCUUCUGCCUGGCAUGUGCAAGGGCUUCCAGAGUUAAAGCAAAGUGUAUUCAAAUCUAUCUCUUUGUUUUCGGAUUUAUGGCUUACCUCCUUGCCUCAAGGUGAGAAAGGCAAAUAAUAUUAACCAGUAGAACAUCACAAAAAUGAAGAAGCAAAUCAGUGACAAUGGGCAAAAACCUUCAAAGCAAUAUAUAUCCCCUUCUUUAUUAUUUGUCUUAGAACUGCAGCCUUUAAGUGAUUAGCUUCCAGUGUUUGUUGAGAAGCUACGGCACAUCACAGAAAAAGAGGGGCACGUCUUCUUGUUGCCUUGGCAACACAAGGGUGUGCUUCCUUUCCCCUGCCCCCCACGAAAGGGCAAAUGUUACUCAGCUUUGCAAUGCCCCCUCCAAACUUUUUGCAACAUGGAGAUCCAACAUCACAGCCUGCAAAUGAGGCUCCAAAAUGAUGGGAGCUGAUCUUCAGGUGUUGGAGAAUCUAAAGUCCCAGUCUACACUUGGUCUUGAUGUUCUUAGUGGCAAAUGAGUAUCCACCUAACCAUCAUCGCAGAGUCUGGAUGAAUGAAAUAAGGAUUGCAGAGCACAAUGGAAAUUAUUGUUGAUGUGGUGUUUCCUCUUCUUGCAGUUGGAAGAGGAAGGCAAGCUGUUUUAUACGCUGGAUGAUGGCCACACCAGAUUUUCUGAUCUCAUUCAACUAGUGGAGUUCUACCAGCUCAAUAAAGGCAUCUUACCUUGCAAGUUGAAACAUUACUGUGCCCGAAUUGCAUUUUAACCAAAAUGUUAACACCUCACCAAAGCCUCGUAGGAUAGAAAGGCUGAAUGUUCCUUUUGACAAAGAAGUUUUGUAAAUGAAGGGCGUAAACAAAAAGCCAGUGAAUGUAAAUUUCAGCUUGCAAAGAAGGAUUUGUAUUCACCAUAGCAAAACAAAAUCCAGUACUUUCGUGUUAGAGUUGGCUAAUCAACAGUUGAUCUUCCACAAAAUGAAUCUGAAGCUGAAAUUGUAACGCUGCAAUCCUAGGGAGUAUUUUUCAAAUGCCAAUAAAUGUCUUUUUCACUAGUUUCCUUUA